ACAGUGUGGAAGUAGCUGGGGAGCUGGCGAGUCCUGCAGGAGGGGCAGGAGAGCGCGAGGAAGGCAGGAAGGAAGAAGGGGGAAAGUGGUCCGGUCCUUCCCCGCUUUCCUUUCCUUUUUUAUUUUAAGGAGAUGAGCUUCGGGAUUUUCCUUGCAACUUCAAAAAUCCCUCCUCCUCCCCCAACAUCCUCCACUUUUGCUUUAAACCAUCCCAGUCCCAGACACCAAGGUCACGGUAGACGCCCCCUCUCUUAAAAGCAGGAAAGAACCCGCAACUGUUGGAAUCCUCGAGACCCGGGUCAGCCUCGCUGAGGAAUUCGAAGGCGGACACGGGAGAAGGGCGGUCGUGUGAAAGGGAGGCUCCUGCAGUGACACCCAUCCCCGCUGAAGCGCCCAUUCCCACCAGCACCCACCCUCGAUGCCACCCACCAUGAGGACGGCGCUCCUGCUGACCUGGACCGUAUCCCUGAGUUACUUUGCAGACCCAGGUAUGAACUGCAACUGCUUUAUAUUUGUCAAACUUCCUUCUGAUGGAGACGGGAGGGGUGUGUGUGAGGGGGGAGGAAUCUCCCAGUUUGCCAGCCUUAAGGGGACCCCCCCCAAAAAAAAAGCCACCCCACCCACUGACGCUAAACUUAAGACUUAAAAAAAAAAAAUUGAACGGGUCCAACUCUUUCACGAAAGAUACCAGGCUAUAUAUUAUUAGGAUUGGGACCGGGCUGAGAGUGCGGGGAGGUUGCUCUGUUUCUGGCUACAAGGGGGAGGGGGGGACAAGGAGCAGUGCCUCAGGACACCUGGGUUCUAUUCCUGACUCUGGGGGAGAUCAUGGGGCUUAAUGGUUUGAGCAGAGGAACGGAGGCGGCCGGCUGGGACCUUCCUUGAGGAAUGGGUUGGGACUCGGACUGCUGGGGCGGGUGUUUUUUCUUUCCUGGGGUGGGUGGGGGGCUCAUCCGGACUGUGCCAAUGAUUCUUGAGUACGCAUGUAUGUAUGACCUUGAGGAGAAGUCGCCUUUGUACCACUGCCUUUGCCGCUCCCUGUUAUCUGCGGGGGUGAACUUAAGCAAAUAACCUCUGGUGCAGCCAGCAACGAAGUGAGUGGGUCCUUCCCCCCUUCUAUGGGGAGGGGUAUUACCCCACACACACCCUCGUUAAAACCACGCGUUGCAGUUUCAUCUCAGGGAGGGAUUUUUUUUUUUUUUUUUGCGCGUGGGGUGUGUGUGUGUGUGAAUAAUUAUUCUAAUUUUUCCCUGUGGGAAUGGGAGGGCUACCAUCGCCCUGCCUGAUUCCCUGAAGUGCUCUUCUCCGCGGGGGCGUGCUUGGGGUUAGGGUUGAUCUUUGAGUUCCCUUCCACCCGCAGACUCCCUCUCGUGGUUAACCUUGAACGGCUAAAUCUCAAGCGAGCUCGGUUCGCACGCCGACCAGCGCCCCCUCCCACCCACUCCCCCGUCCCUCCCCCACAGUGCUGCAACCCCAGCACCCACACCUCGUUGUCAUUCAGGAGCGGCUUUAUUAUUUAGCAAGCAUACGCGAUCAGUCUUGAAGGGGGCGGGGGGGAGGAGGAAGAGGAGCGCGGAACCUCCGAACUCCCCCCUCCCCUUCUGAAUCUGGGUAAGCCUCGCCUGGCACUGGUGUGCUUCUCCCCAUCCCACCCCCAUCCCGCAGCACCUUUACUUUUAAUAUGAUUUAAUUUCUCCCCCUCCCCUUCCUGUCUUGUAAUUUCUACCAGAGGUUCAGGAUUUGGGGGGGGGGGUGUUUCAGGAGGCCUGGCAAGUUCAAUGCUAACCCUUCUCUGUACAGAAGUAAGUCCUAUUGAGUUCAUUGGACGCUUGCGCCCAGGUAAGCGGAAUUUAGGAUAAAUUCCAGAAAUACCAAACUCUGGUUGUUGUGGAUGCGUAAGUGGAAACUUGGGGGGGCCCUCUGCAGAUGCCCAGAGUUGUGCCUCUCGCCUCUCACCUCCCUCAACUGGCACUGGUGUCUAGGGAAAGAGUUCUGUGAUUGAGUCAUGUAGGGAAUGUUGGAAGGUGGUUGGCUAGUUAACCUGCCAAUCAGCUUCAGUCUCUGGUUAUGAGAUUUCUUUGCCUAGAUUUGGGGUCAGCCCCUCAAUAGGCUGCACCCCCUACAUGCACAGGAGCAGGCCUAGCUGGAGACUCCAUAUGCAUCAUAUACAUUUAAAGCAAUCCCACCCCAAAAAAGAAUUUUGGGAAUUGUAGUUUAAGAAUGCUGUGAAUUGUAGCUCUGGAUGAGUAAACUACAGCUGCCAGUGUGUUCUUUGGGUGGUGGAAAUGUGCUUUAAAUGUAUGGUGUUUAGGCAGCCUAUGGCAUGUUGGGGCCUGAGGCGGGGGGGGGGGGCGGAAUCCAAAGAGCACUCUUCUCUCCACACCCUGUCCCCAUUGGCAUGUAGCGCCAUGCACUGGGAAAGUUUGCCUGUGCACCCCCCCCCCAUGGAAAGAAGCAGGAUCUGCAUAUUAAGAUAUAGCAUGGUUCCAUCUCAGUGGGGUUUGUGCGGUGCAGCGGACGGGCCUAGUGGAUUGUGGGUCAGGCAUCUGCCUGCGUUCUGCUGUGCCUCCCUUAAGGGCAUCAUAUAUACACACACACACACCCCUCUCCCAUUGGCCUGCUGCAACAUGGGAAGCCUGCCUCCAAGCAGGGCACCCCAGGGUCAUCCUGGCAGUGGGUCACUGGGAGGAGCCACCUGGGCCAGUGGGCAGCUGUGGUUGUGCCUCCUCCGAUGUAGAAAUGAAAUCCUGUUAAAUGGCUCUGCUGUUCGGCCAGGAGGAGCUCUCCUCCAGUCGCAGUGCAGUGAUGGGGGAAGGUGCACCUGCUGAACUUCUCCCUGACAGCUCUUAAAGGCACAGGAGCCGUUUCAUUUGGAGAGGACCAGAAGCUGCCUUAUGCAGAAUUGCACCAAUGGUCUGCCUAUAAGCUCAGUAUGGUCCAUACCAACCUUGGCUGCGCCUCUCCAGGGUUUCGGACAGCGGCCUCUCCCAGUCCUAGCUAGAGAUGCUGAGGACUGAACCCAGGGCCUCAUGAGUACAAAGCAAAAACGGGACUCUACCACCGAUGCAAGGAGUUGAAUGUGUCUUCCUUUGGGCCUGGCAACCCUCCGGAGUUGGCCGGGUUCUCUUGGCUCAUCUGCUGUCAGAUGCCUUCAGUGGCAGCGAUGGGAGUGCAGAGCGGCACCCUCAGGGCAGGGUUUGGGGGUGUCGGGGAUGCGUGGGUUGCGGAGGUGUCGAGGGGAUAAGUGAGUUCACACUUGCACGCCUGGCUUAGCCUCUGCCCCCUGGCUACAAGUUCCCUUUGCAGUAACGCUAAUGAUUCCUGAGUGGUUGUGGCGCUCUUUUCCCCCCAUGGCGCCUGCUCUUCGCUGGCGUUGAAUCAACCUCUGCACAAGGGUGGGGAGGGAGCCGGGGACAGGGGGGGCAGUGUCUAAUGAUGAUGUGUCUUGAGCCAGCAGCCAGAGGCAGCAGCCGGAACAUGGGAGACUAAGAUGCAGGGCGGGGGAGUUUAAGGACAGAAACAGGAUUUCAAACGGUCGCGUUAGGGCAGCUGAACACUUCUCCCUAGAAAAUGAAUUUCCCUGUGGCACUAAUGCAUGGGGUGGAAAGUUAACAGCCACCACAGUCCUUGCACUGUGAUUUAUGAUGGGGAACCUGUGAGCAUCCCCUGAUGCCGUACUACAACUCCCAACACCCCCUGACCAUUGGCCAUACUGGCCAUGGGCCAAUGCAUAUAAGCACCUGGGGGAUACUGACUCCAUGCACAAGAUGGUCUCACCGGUGAUGCUAGAGAACACCAGCCUAUUGUAACUGGGGCCUUCGACAUCCAAGCCAAGGCUCUCUUAUCUGGGCUGCCUCAGGAGGACUCCGCAGCUGCCAUGGGACUGUCUUGGAGACCCUGUAGGCAUCCAGAUGCUGGCAGAUGAUCAUUGGUUAUGCUGACUGGAGCUGAUGGGAGUUGGAGUUCAACAACAGCUGGAAGGCCACAGCUUCCUCCUCAUCUCUUUACCAACAGAAUUUGGUUCAGUUAACUUUAAAAAGAAAAAAACCACACCCCUACUGUUCAUAUCUUCAUUUCCCACAACAGGUUCGGUGUUUGCAGGAGACCGAGGAAGCAACCUGCAAAGUAGGUUGUUGUCUGUGACGGUGUGUGCAGUGAUGCACUUAAUUUCCAAGGAGCUGUUUUUCGUUUCCCCCCACUCAUUCUCUGACAUUGCAACGUCCUUAUAAUCUCCGACUUUUUUUCCAGAGCUGGGACCUCUCUUUAACAUGGAUCUCCAACACGGAACCCCUUUCUAGGUCUGAUGUCCUCCUUUGCCGCAUUUUUUUCUCCCCCCUUAAUCUCUUUCACCUUCUCUAAAGGCAAAAGUCCCUCAGUCGCUUCCCCCCAAGCCCCAGAUAAAACAAAGGCUCCAUCACUGACACAACCCAGUACACCAGGGAUGGCCAUGUUGGACUACAACUCCCAUCAUCCCUGACCGUCAGCCAUGCUGGCUGGGGUUGAUGGGCGUCGGAGUACUAACCCGCAUCACACCAUUUGAAGGCUAUUGGUCUUUGUCAAUGUUUGUUGGUUUGUCCAAUACUUCCUGCCUUCAUCAAGGACCUACCACAUAUCUGGACCAACACAAAGUACUACAUUUGGCAAAGGAUCCUAAGAAAUGUUUGGAGGAAAUCUUGUUUUCAGCCCAGGGACCGCUUUCCUCAGAGGCAACCUUUCAGGGGCCACUUAGCCGAGGUGGGCACUCAAAGGAAGACACAGAGCAAGGCUGGUCAGGGGUGUGGCCUUGAGUGGGUGGGUGUGGCUGUGAAGGGCAAAGGGGCAUGGCCUGAGGAAUAGUCCUAUAUGUGGACAGAGGCCUUGAGGAUGAUGUUUGAGUUUCUCCUCUAUUUUAUGGUGUACUUUUUUGUCAAGGGUAACAAUGGGUUGGUGAGAUCAGGUUCAAGGGGGGCACAAAAAUCGCAACUCUCCACUCUGCUUGGGAGUGGCUAGGAGCCCACCCACCUGUUUGCACACUCUCCUUGCCAAGGGUUCAAGGGACAAGCAGGGGACGCCCAUACAGCUCCUUGGCGCAAGGGAGCCUAGGUACGCCUCUGCUCUUGGUUCCCAUAAGGACCUGGCUAUGGCUUUGCGGUUGUGACCUCCACGCUCCCCUUCAUUGUAGGGGAAGGUCUGUAGUUGCGGAAACUGUGCCUUUUGCAGGAGCUGCUUUUCUCUCCAUCAAGGAACCCCUGGCAAGCUGCUGCGGAACCCCAGAGUUCUUUGGAAUAUAUUUUGAAAAGCACCGUUCUAUUUUAGUAACAUAGAAUAAGGCAGCCUCUUCCCCCCCGACACACACACACACUUUCCCUCUUUUUCUUUAGUUUAAACAAAGCUUUCAAAGAGCACACGAUUCUCCACCAAGCCAAAGGUGUUCUGAGCUGGCAAAAAAAAAAUGGUAUUGUGCGUCCCUGUUCUGUCCUUGCUUUAAAAAAAAAAGCAUCUGAUCUGAAAUAGUCGUAAUGAACCUGCUAUUGUCAAACAUUCACAGCUUCUGCCCAUCUAAGGCUGCUUUUCUCUCUUCCCGCCCCCCCUCCUUCCUCUGUGCUUCAGGGUUCUGUUUGGUGUUCCAGCAGCACAAAUAAAUAAAUAAAUGCAUUUCCAGCUGGCUCCCAGAAUUCUAGAAAAGGGGAUAAUUUUCCCUCUUAAACCUUCAAAAAAAAAUUUUUUUAAAAAAAAAAAUGCAGCCAUCUCAUUGAGAAGCUGUGUGACUGAAAUUUGGCAGGAGCAAAAGCUGGCCUGGGGGAUGUGCCUUCUGUUGUCUCUGUGGAAAUCCACUCAAAUUUGCAGUGAUCUCAAGUUGGCAAAGUUGCAACGAGUGCAUUUAUCUGAAUACUAAUGCUGAGCCUUGCCUGUAUUAAGUUAUGCAAAUGACUACCCCCUCCGCCUAUCACUGACACAGAGCUGGGAGGUGGGGUGGGUGGGAGGAAUGGCUGGUCGGCAGCCCCCAGCAGUGGUGGGGGUGGGGCGAGAGAGGAGGAGGAGGAGGAGGAGGAAGAGAAGGCUGCCUUGGUAAGGCUGACAAAACAAUUAUAACUGAUGCAUUGAUCAACUAAAAAUAAGCCUUGCCGUAAUUCAAGGUGAUCUUUAGAGUAUCUCGGAGGAAACUUAACAUGGUGCGGCUUCUUUCCCCCUCUCUGGGUGAAAUGACAAAUCGUUGAAGUGCUGGGAAACCUGCUUAGCCAGAGAGCUGCAGAGAGCGGGCAGGAGGGGUGGAGUGGGAGCCACGUGGUCGUCCACAUGCCGUCAGACGCCAACUUCAGAACCAUUGGGCAUGCUGGCUUGAGCCAACAAGAAUGGAUGGACUUCAGGUUGGCCAUAUCCGGUAUGCACAAUGCAUGCAUAUACAGUGGUACCUCGGGUUACAUACACUUCAGGGUACACGCAGCCUUUCUCAACCUGUGGGGCCCCAGAUGUUGUUGAACUACAACUCCCAUCACCCCUAGCUAGCAAGGCCAGAGCUCAGGGAUGAUAGUCCAACAACAUCUGGGGGCCCACAGGUUGAGAACCACUGGUACAGACUCCGCUAACCCAGAAAUAGUACCACGGGUUAAGAACUUUGCUUCAGGAUGAGAACAGAAAUCGUGCUCCGGUGACGCAGCAGCAGGAGGAGGCCCCAUUAGCUAAAGUGGUGCUUCAGGUUAAGAACAGUUUUAGGUUAAGAACGGACCUCCGGAACGAAUUAAGUACUUAACCCGAGGUACCACUGUAUAUAUAUCUGCAUACAUCAACCUUCUGCAGGUCAAAGGGGGCAAAAAUGCAUAGUGAAAUCCAGUCCUAUGAUCCACUGGAAACCACCAACAGCACUGUCCUUCAAGCCUUCGCCAUUUCACCAGGCGCUGUCCACAAACAUUCAAGCCGGUCUUCUUAACCCUAUGGGGUUAAGCGUGCUUUUAUACUUUAAAAAAGAAGUGAUUUUCCCCACGAGGCUGAAUCCAUCACUCGUUACCUGUUUCCACACUUGCACGGGAAUUGGAAAAUGGACACCAUCCUGUCCAUAGUUGUUUGGGCCAUAAGAACUGAACAAAUGCACUGAAUGAUGGGUUGCAUCUAGAGCCCAUGUGCUUAACAAGAAAAGAGAGAGAGAGACUUCUAUGCUGAUGUGUUCUUUGCUGUGGAAUGCUAUUUGCUUCAAUCACUUUGCAUCUGUCCUGGGUUCAUGUUGCAAAAUUAAGUAUUUCAUGCAUGCAUGGACCACCACAUAUAGAAAAGUGUUAAUAAGUUAAGUUUGGCACGGCACCAGGAAAUUUGUCCCUGGCUGUUGGUGACCCAGCCGCUUAGGGGGAAUCACUAGCAGUUCUCGUCUUGCCCCCCAGCACACAAAGAAACUUGAGUAUUGAAAACCAUGCUUUGCAGUUCUCCCAUUUUGCUUCUCUGUUGGUUCAAGCAGGUAAAAAAAGCUACAUAUGUGAGGGUUAGCACAGGGUUGGGUGUUUGUGACACCAAUGCUCCUAGACUCCAUAUCCCAUCAGCCCUAGGCCAAUGGUCAGGGAUGAUGGGAGUCAGAGUCCAACAAUAGGUUUUCCAACCCUGAGCUAGCAUCACAUUGCACCCAAAACCUGGGACUGUGGUUUGUUUUGCCAGCCUUUACUUGCUGGCUUUACUGGUCAUGGUUAUCUGGGCAAAAUGCAAAGGUUUCCCCUUUUGCGGUGACUUUAUGAAGUAAAGGAUAAAAGUGGGAGCCUUGAGCCUCAUGCACCAGCCCAUAGAUCAGCAGUUCUCAACCUGUGGGUCCCCAGAUGUUGUUGGACUACAACUCCCAUCAUCCCUGAGCUCUGGCCUUGCUAGGGAUGAUGGGAGUUGUAGUUCAACAACAUCUGGGGACCCACAGGUUGAGAAAGGCUGCCAUAGAUCAUGCGCAUUGUGUAAAUCAGGGUUUCCCAAACAUGGCUCUCCAGCUGUUUUUUGACUACAACUCCCAUCUCUAGCUAGCAGGACCAGUGGUCAGGGAUGUUGGGAACUGUAGUCCCCAAACAGCUGGAGAUCCAAGUUUGGGAAACCCUGGUGUGAGCCAAGCUAGUUAGCUGGACAGUGUGUCCAAACACAGCCAGUGCUUGGCUGAGGAUCCCCACUGCGCCUUUCCCCAAACAUUGGUGUUUUCUAUGGAUUAUUCUGUUUACAGAUUUUGGUUUGUGUCCAUCAGCCUGUUGCAUUGGCACAAACCGGGGUGGGGUGACGGGGAGGAGGAGAAGAGUCUAUAGAUUUGAAAAAAGGACGCAUGAAAACAAAUGAACAGCUCAGACCCAUAAUGAAUGGGGCAUAAAAGUGCCUAUCUCUCCAUCUCCUGUAAAUACUGGCAUGCUUUGUGGAUGUGAGGCUGCUUACACUGUAUGAAGUGGCAGUUGCUAUUAAACAAAAUAAAGCUCUUAUUUUCUCGCGUCUCAUCUUCUGUCACGAAGUAAUUGUCUGCUCCCUUAAUUUCCUGCGGCAGUAAACAUUUUGGAUUGAUUUUUCCUCUCUUUUUUUAACACGUCUGGAGAGAUGCUUUAAGAUAGCCAUUGAUUAUUACCAGUGAAAAUUGUUGGAGGAAAUAGGGAAAAUUGAAUUUUCUCGGGGAGAAAAGACACAGAAGCCUUCAAAAACUGCAGUUAUUACAUGCUUGAUGGCCACUAGAUAGAUUGGCAGGCUCCCAAAGAUUUUGUCACUGCUGAACAUAUUUCAUGGGGAAGAGAGGAUUCAAAGAGCCGUGUGACUCUUCUCCUGCAGUUAUUGCUCCUUCCAGAGCCAGGACUUAACUUGAUGUAUUGGUUUCGCCCUAGAACCUGGGGGUUUUUGUGCUUUUUUACUGCCAGAGCCCAGCCCCAGAACACGUGGAGCUGUAGAAUAAUGGAUGUAUCUGCUGUAAAAUGAGGACGCUGUUCUCAAGACAUUGUUUUCUCCUCUUGCCAUGGUGGGGCAGGGCUGUGGUUCACUGGUAGAGCAUGCACCAGAGGUGCAGGUGGUCCAGAUUCAAUCCCCAGCAUCUCCAGGUAGAACUGGGAGAGACUCUGGUCUGAAAUCCUGGAGAGCCACCAACAGGGUAGACGAUGCUGAGCUUGAUGAACCAAUUCUGUAACAAGCCAGUUCAUCUGAGGUUGAAUUCAGGCUCCCAUCAGUGCCAUCCAGCAUGAGCAAUGGGUCAAGGUUGAAGGAGGCUGUAGUCUGGAGGACCACAUCAUAUCUGCAAGGGCCUGCUGAGAAGUGGAAUACAAUGAUCUGGCCCAUAAGCUGGCUUCCAUGGUGGUAGACAGCCUGGUGUCAUCCAGAUGUGGACUACAACACUCGUUCUCCUGGGUUAUUGGCCAGACUGGCUAUGCCUCAUGGGAGUUGUAGUCCACAACUGGAGGCCACCAUGUCUGGCCACCCCAAUGUCCAAUACAGUGGUACCUUGGGUUACAUACGCUUCAGGUUACAUACACUUCAGGUUACAGACUCCGCUAACCCAGAAAUAGUGCUUCAGGUUAAGAACUUUGCUUCAGGGUGAGAACAGAAAUCGUGUUCCGGUGGCGCAGCAGCAGCGGGAGGCCCCAUUAGCUAAAGUGGUGCUUCAGGUUAAGAACAGUUUCAGGUUAAGAACGGACCUCCAGAACGAAUUAAGUACUUAACCCGAGGUACACUGUACAUUGUUCAGCUGUGGUUUGUUACAUGUUACGCACCUCAAGAACCUUCAGACAGCUUGGACAAGAGCAGAAUCAGCUUUUGUCCUUUUGUGUUUACACCCUCCACUUGUAGUGGUACAAUCCUCUCUCUUUUUUGGUGUGUCAUAAUGGGCAUGAGUCCAGAACAACCUGGGACUUGGCUGCCACUGCAAAAAUCAGUGUUUUGAUUCCCUAUGUUCUGUAACACUUGGCCCACAUGCAGCUUUGGUACUAUGUAAGGUUUCUAGACCUCAUGGUUGUGGUAUGAAGUUGGGAAAUGUGCAGCUGGUGUUUGCUGAAGGCCUUGAAAACCAGAAGACUGAACUGGGUGGGGAACCGCAGAAACCAAUCUCCCUAUGGGCGUUGUUGUUGUUUAGUCGUUUAGUCGUGUCCGACUCUUCGUGACCCCAUGGACCAGAGCACGCCAGGCACUUCUGUCUCCACUGCCUCCUGCAGUUUGGUCAAACUCAUGCUGGUAGCUUCGAGAACACUGUCCAACCAUCUCGUCAAGUAGUCAAUUAAGUCAAGUAGUCAAUUAAUAAUUUUUAUUAAUUUGCUUGAUUUGGGGGAGGCAGUUGCCCCCCUGGCUAUGCCCAUGCAGCUUCGCACUCCCAAAAUAGGUGGGGUUUUUUGUUUUUCUUUAAAGGUAAGUGUAGCUUCAAUGCAUCCAUAAAUUAGGACAAUCUUUACAGGAUGUUAUCAUGGCUUAAAAAGCCAAUAAUCUAUUAAUGUUUUGCCUGUGCAUUCAGCUCCUUCUUCCCCCCACCCACAUUGCAGCACAAGGAACCUAACCAGGACCUUUUCCGGUUUGUCCUGAACUGGAAACCUGUGGUUACCAAAUUCAGAACAAAGCAGGAUAUGAAUCCAUGGAAGUAGUUCUUUUACAUCCUGUCUUUUUUUGAACAAACUUCGCAAACCCUUUUCAGUUAGAGUCUUCCUGAUUUAAUCACAGUUGGUGCAAAGGUAAGAGAGCACAGGGGCUCUGUUGGGGAAUAGGCUAGGUAAUAUUUCAGCUGACAAACCUGAGAUAUUGUCCAUACCGCACAAAGUCUCCAGCUGUAACUGUAUCGCUUCACGAACACUAUCUCAAGUGCAAAAAUGCGUACAAAAAAAUGAUGGCUGGGACUGAUGGGAGCUGGGCUUUGACAACAUCUGGAAGGCAGCAGGUUUGGGAAGGCUGCUUUUCUGUUCUGGUAACCCUGGAGAAACAAUAUAAACUUUCAGAAGUGCCCAUCUGUGAUCUUCCAGUUGUGGUUGGAUGGCCAUUGGCCAUGCUGCCUGAGGCUGAUGGGAAGUGGAGUCUGGCAACAUCUGGUGGAUCACAGGAUUCCCGCCCCUGGUUUACAAGCGUCUUCCUUGCUUCCCCUUCUGCCUGGAAUUGCUUCCCCAAACACCUUUGUGAUGCUGUUUCUCUCUUCCGCCUACCCUUCAAAUCCUUCAUCAAAGGCCAGCUUCUCUGGGACGCAUUUGGCCCAGCCCCUUCCCUUAGUCCUCACCCCCUACUGCAGAGAUAGCCUAUGCAGUGGCCUCCGGAUGCUAGUGGCUUACAACUCCCAUUAUCCUUCAGCAUUGGCCAGGCUGAUGGGAGAUGGAGUUCCGCAACUGUAUUAUAUCAUUUCCCACCCCACCUUUGCCUACUCUCCAUCUGUUAUGUACUGAAGCUCUCACCCUGGGCCAGCAGGGGGAUACUGUAGAUAGUUUUCACUCAGGUCCACAUAUGCAAAUAAGGAAUUGAAAGUGACGUUCAGUGAUUGGAUAGUUACAGAAAGUUGUUACUGUUGCCUUGUAGUUGAGCUCUAUAUAAGCAGGUUGGCUGAACCCUUCGGUUCAGUUCUGUUCUGGCCUGUGAAUAAACAAGAGCUGUCUGAAGAAUCGCUGUGUCGUCUGAUAUGUUCAUCCACAACUUAACACCACCUUUCAGCAGUAUCUGGAAGGUCACCACAUUUGCUGCCCCCCUGCAUUAUGACAACGAGGCUCCCCUUUUUCAGUCACAAUAAAAUAAUAAUAAUAAUAAUAAUAAUAAUAAUAAUAAUAAUAAAUUUAUUAUUUAUACCCCGCCCAUCUGGCUGGGGUUCCCCAGCCACUCUGGGCAGCUGCCAACAGAAUAAAAAAAGAAUAAAACAUCAGACAUUAAAAACUUCCCUAAACAGGGCUGCCUUCAGAUGUCUUCUACAAGUCAGGUAGUUGUUUAUUUCCUUGACAUCUGAUGGGAGGGCGUUCCACAGAAUGGGUGCCACCACUGAGAAGGCCCUCUGCCUGGUUCCCUGUAACCUCACUUCUUACAGUGAGGGAAUUGCCAGAAGGCCCUCAGAGCUGGACCUCAGUUAAAACCCUUCUCCACAGAAUAAAAACAAACAGACAAGUGGAGCGUUGGGUGCCACAAUUUAGGGAGGAGGUUGCCAAGCUGGAACUUGUGCAGAGGAGCACAACCAAGAUGAUCAAGGGUCUGAAAACCAACACACAAGCAUCAACCAAGAUGAUCAAGGGUCUGGAAACCAAGCCUUAUGAGGAACGGUUGAAGGAGGUGGGUUAGUUUGGCCUGGAAAAGAAGAGACUGAGAGGAUACCCAUUUUCAAAUAUCUCAAGGGCUGUCACAUGGAAGAGGAAACAAGCUUGUUUUCUCUGCUCUGGAGGGGAGGACUCAGACCAAUGGAUUUAAGUUACAAGAAAGUAGAUUCAGACUAAAUACCAGAGCUCUUUGACAGUGAAACAGACUCUAUCAGAAGGUGGUGGACUCUCCUUCUUUAGAGGUUUCUAAACAGAGGUUGGAUGGCCAUCUGUCAUGGAUGCUUUAGCUGAGAUUCCUGCAUUGCAGGGGGUUGGACUAGGUGAAUUCUAUGAUUCUCUAUUCUAUUUCUGGAUUUGUCAUUUGUUCUGCUUCUAAUGUUCAGGUGGGAGUAGCGGUGCUUGCAUUGCCAAAACAGUGCCAUGCAAGAGGGAGGUAUGGGCAGGCUUGUGGGGACCCCAAAAUUUGUAGGAAUGCCCCCCAAAUCAUUAGAAAAUUGAUGGCUGGGGGGGAAACACAAAGGGGAGGCGAACCCCAAAACAGACCAGUUGUAGACUGCAUGUGUGCAGCGGCCACAGAAUUCUGGCAGGGUCAGAGGGGGAAUGGGAUGGAAUAUCCUAGAGGGGGAAUGUGGCUGGCUGGCUGGAACAGGAUCACUCCGCACUGCAACACUUUGUUGCAGGUCCUACUUGUAGGCAUUCAGUCUGCCUCCCCAACACACCCAGCAGGCCCACAUUAUCAAAUGGCAUUGGUGGUGCUGUCAUGAUUCGUGAAGCUACGUAACUCAUUAAGACACUGUUGUCUGCCAUAUUUUUGAAGUGUAUAUCCUUUAAAGACCGGGUACAUGAAUCACGAGAGCCGCAUUUAAAGUGCAGUGCUGGUUGUGCAUGAUCUGCGGAGGGAGCGCAUCAGAAUGUGCCAGAUAAUUCCCCAGGUGGUUAGUGACAUCUAUAUGCAAAUAUAGAUGGAUGUACAUCCUGCAAUCUGUUACAUGCCACUGCCUCUUGGCAAAAAAAAAGAAAAAAAAGAAAAAUCCUUCAUAUACAAGGUAAAAUGAAAUGUCUGUAUCAUCCCAAUGCCUGAGACUUGUGGGGCAGACCAUAGUGCUAUCAUAGGGUGAGGCUAUGUAGGACACCAUGGGGCUGCCAACAUAAGAGAUCUAACUCAUAGAUCUCUUGAGUAAUUUGCAGCAGAUGAGCAAGAUAAUUGACUUCCUACUGUAAUAACAAAAAAUAGGGGUCCCCCCCCCUUCUAAACAAGGCAGCUGAGAUGAAGAAAGCUUGGAUUGUGGGGAAAACCAGGAGAAAACAUGACUGACCUCUAUUCUGGUACCCGAAACAAAUUCCUGAGAAUGUUCUCCAGGGGAAUUCUGUUCCAUAAACCUGAAGGUACAUGUCUUACCACCACCCACUGCCAGCUGCUGUUUUCCACCUGGUUCCAGCUGGUGAAUCUCUGGACUCCGGUGACAAAUGAAGUAGAUCACACAAGCCUGGUGUCUGCUUGCUCAAGUUACAGAAGACUCGCAGCCAAAAUCUAGGCAGGGCCCGGGGAAGUGGUCCAGCAGGAAAAGGGCAAAAGUGACAAUGUAAAGAUACAGGAAUAUGACAAACAACGAGGCUUUCCGGGUUUUCUCUCCCACGUUUUGGGCAAAUUUUCCGCUUUGGAAAAAUGAGGAUCUGGGGGAAGCACUGGGAAAGAGGAGUAUAUUCUCUCUUUCAUAUCACUGAUCAAAAGCAACAGCUAGUAUUUUGAAAUAAUAUUGCCGCAAAACACCCAGGCCCAAGAUUCAAAUAGUUUGCAAUAUGAGACUGGUUCAUGGUCUUGAUAUUUGUUAAGUUGUGGGUGAACAUAUCAGACGACAUAGGGAUUCUUCAAACAGCUCUUGUUUAUUCAGAGGCCAGAACAGAACUGAGCUGAAGGGCUCAGUCAGCCUGCUUAUAUAGAGCUCCAGUACAACGUUACUGUAGCAACUUUCUAAAACUAUCCAAUCACUGAACGUCACUUUCGAUCCUUCAUUUGCAUAACUAUCUACAGUAUCCCCCUGCUGGCCCAGGGUGAGAACUUCAGUACAUAACAAUAUUGAUGCUCACUGGCCUCAGGCCCCGAGAAUGGGCUUCCCAAACUGGAUACUGAGCAACCUUAACUGCACGUGUUCAGAAGUCUCUGGGACAGCAAAGGAGCAGUGGAGGGAUUGUGAAAAGACAUAACAGGAGUCUUGGCAGUGUUCCUGAUCCACACUAGCUUUUGCCUUGACUGCAGCUCUCUUCCCAUUUUCCAACUCGUGUGUCAAAUGAGGGUGGCUGCUUGCACAUUGCUGAUAAAGACUAAAUGCAUCGCCAGAAAGACUGUUUUUGCAUGACAUGUGCAUUUGUUUGUUAAUGUUAACUGCAUCGAUCUGCUAAUUCAUAUGGAUGGAGGCAAAUUUAGAAAUAACUACUAUAAUUUAAAUCAGGGGUGGGGAACGUUUUUCAGUCUGAGUCAUAGGCAGCCUUCUGGGGACCAGCCACUUGGUAGUUGUGGGCAGCAAAAGUGGGCGGGGCAAUGGAUGCAAAUGUUCUCCUUGUAUGGCAGGCUAGUUUCUGCACAUACUCAUGUUCCCCUCUCUCUUCGUCUACCCAGGCAAGCAAGAGGCAUUAGCAGAAUUCGAGGAAACAUUCCAGGCAGGCAAAAAAAUUCAGGGGAGGUGCAAAGCAGGGCUAGCAAAAGGGUGUGGCCUGAGGAGAGUGGGGUGGUGGUCCAGGAAGACUCCUGGGGCCAUAUUUGGCCCCCAGGCCUAAGGUUCACAACCCCUGAUUUAAAUAGAAAUAUGGCACAUCUCAUCCAAGUGGGGUGGAAGAAGUAACCUGUGUAGUCUGCUGUCCUACACAUUUUGCUGUCCUGGUGUUUUAAGGUCUCUGCUUUCUCACAGCUCAGUUGGUUAGAGCAUGGUGCUGAUAAUGCCAAGGUUGCAAGUUCGAUCCCCGUAUGGGAUAGCUGCAUAUUCCUGCAUUGCAGGGGGUUGGACUAGAUGAUCCUCAGGGUCCCUUCCAACUCUACAAUUCUAUUAUUAUUCUUGCCAUUAUUCAUCUUUCAACCGGACUUCAGCCAAACAGCCCUUCAGAUAGGCAUGGGAAACCUUUAGGCCACCAAACAUUGCCGAACUACAACUCCCAUUAUCCCAGGCCGUUGGCUACGUUUGCAAGGACUGAUGGGAGUUGUAGUUUGGCAACCUCUGGAGGGCCAAAGGUCUCCCACUCCUGAAAUAGAGGGUUGUCCCUCUGCAAAGCAGGGCUGAUGGCCAACCGACUUCAAACAGCUUUGGGGAAAGCCCUAGCAAUGUUGAAGAAGUGUUAGGGUGAGGCUGCUGCCCCUCUCUUUCCGUCUCUCCACCCUGCCAGCUUAGGCUCACCUUUCUCCAGAACAUUAACCAGACAGAAAAGCCCUUAAAUUUGGCAUGUGGUUCUGUUCUAAUCUACUCAGGAGUCCCUUAUCGGGCCUCACAGCCACUUAGGCAUUUCCAAAAAGGAGACGGCGCAGCCGACUUGCACUUUGUCACAUCUUGAACACUUGUUGUAGCAGAAAGGGGAGAAGGUGAAAGAAUUGGCAGGAACUGCACCAAAUGAAUUGUCUGCCUCUCGCUCUUUCCUUUUGGGUUUUUUUUUGGGGGGAUGGGAAUGUCUACUGGGCAGGACUAGUGGGGGAUGCCUGGGCAGCAGUUUCACGGUUCCCCAACCCAACCAGCCACCAUCAAUUAGUGAGAAAUGAAAUUGCAUUUUAAAGUUAUGCACAGAAAGGAGAAGCUUUGGUGGAAAACUCGUGGCAGAGUGCAUUGUUCUGGUUGUGCUUUCAUCACUUUUGAGUCCACCAAGGCGUUGGGUGGCUGUCCGUCCUUUUAUUCUACAAAUGAUAUCUCUGGUAGGCUGCAUCCUGCUCCUUUUCAGGGUGUGUGUGUCUCCUAGGGAAAAAACUACAGCAUCCUCUGCGGGGCUUCUCUGUAAGGGCAGGAAGCUGGGAAAGCAACCUAUUGUACAGCUGACUGCUGCUGGUCGUGGUUUUUUUAAAAAAAUUGAAUGUAAAAGAAAUCAUUCUGGAAAGGUCUUUUAAAAAACAAAACAAAAAAAAAGAUAAAAGGGAAGACUUCCCUUAAAGACAAGAUCAGCAGAUGCACCUGUUUCAGGCACAAUGGCUGCCAGCCUCCAUUCUUGAAUUCAAGCCCAGAGGAAGAUAUCAGAACACAAUGGGGUGAAAUUUGAUUCAGUGCGAACCUCCCCGAUUUGUACUUUCUGAAACAAUAGAUGAGCUGAAAUGCAGCUACACUUUGAAGUCCACGCCUCUCCAAAAUUUGCAACGCAGUUCUUCAGCCAAGUAAUGAGUACAAAAAUGCAUAUACGUGAGACCAAAUAUGCAUAAAAAUGCAUAUAUUAGUGGGAAAUGCCUAAAAACGUGGUGGGGGGGAUAUGGAUAAAUUUGGCAUUAAAAUGCCGGUGAAUUUUCUGGAGGGCUUUUAAAUAAAAAUCAGAAACGGAUGUGGAAAUGACAAGAACUGAACCUAAGACUGGGGAAAUGAGAAACUGAGAGAAGUUGAAAAUGGCAGAUUCUCCUAUCCAUCCUCCUCCUAUGAGGUUUUCCCAUAUCGGGAAGCACCUGCAGCUUAGGAAGCUGCAGAGCACAAGGCAAAUGUUUAAUGGAAAGAAAAGUACACCACACCAACCAAAGAGAUAAAGGGCGUUCCAAACUUUCUUGGCUGUGAAUGAGGAAGCAGCAGCAGAAGCCUCUUUCACAGGAGCAAAAAACUUCCAAGUAGUUGGAAGAACGGUUUUGACACAGCUCAUGCAAAGGAACGGAAGUAUCCAGUACGGAGCACUAAUUCAUAGGGAAGAAAGUGGUCUGCUGCAGAGGACAUGCAAACAGUGUUCUGGAGCUCUUUACACCAUUCUUGGGGCCAGCCUCAACAAAUGUGUCAUAAGUCACAGGGCUCAUCUACACUCGCUUGCCCUGACACUUCCCUCUGGGAAAACCCAAUUUUUACUGCAAAUGUCAAAUGGGUUUUCUCCUGGUUGAUGUUUGCUCUAAUUUAGCUCUAAAGAGCAGGUUUUCCUGGGGAAAGUGGAGUGGCAAAGGCAAAACUUAACAGACCCUCUGGGUGUCCUUAUUUUCCAGGGACAGUCCCAGAUUUACAGAAGCCAUCUCGGUUUCUGAUUGAUCCUGGAAUGUCCCUCUUUUCCUUAGGACAGCCCUAUUUCCACCAGAGAAAUGUUGGAGGGUUGUGAGUCAAGCUAAGAAACCACUCAGACCCAAGCUUCCUUGGCAUGAGACAAGCCCUUAUUCAAUCUUAAACACACGGUUAUUAUUAAUAUAGGACGUCCGGGAUGGAGAACCUGUUUCUCUCCACGUAUUUCUGGGCUCCAACUCCCAUCCGCUGCAUUCUGCAUGGGCCACGACCACUGAAGAGGAUAGGAGUUUUAUUCCACCAUCCUCUGGAGGGCCACAGGUUCCCCAUCCCUGACACAAACACAUAAUGGGUGGUGUUUGCUGUGAGCCCUACUCAGAGUAGGCCCCUUCAAGUUAACAAACUUGACCAAUUUAGGUAGGUUUGUUCAUCUCAGCAGGUCUAUUCUGAGUAGAACUUAGUUCUACUGCAACCCAGAACUCCUAUCCCUGUUUUCAGAUGAAUAUUAUUUCCCAAAGGAGUUCGUAUCAAUAAAACAAAGUUCCAGACGAGAGCCAUCUCCCUGCCUUCAGGCUUAUGGACUAAAAAAAGACAGCCAGGGCAGGAGAGCGGAGGGAACAGGGACAUCCGUUUUGACAAUGCCAGGACAAAGUCGUGAGUUAUAAACAGACAUGCACAUCCAGCUGUGGCCAAGCUGGUUUCGUCUUGCUUGGGCAGGGGUUGUGCAACUAACCCAGGAGCCCUUAGUCCCUGGGAUGAUGGCAGAGGCCAGAGUGUGCUUUCUUCCAGCUCUACAAUCCAAGGGCUAUCCAUACAGAUAUAUUUUAAAAGGAGAUGCCCUCUUGGCUUACUAACACACUUGCUUCAGAAGUACAGGGCAGUUGAUUGCAGGUGGAGAAGAGAACCGUAGAAUUGUAGAGUUUGAAGGAAUCCUGAGCAUCGUCUAGUCCAGUGUUUCCCAAACUUGGGUCUCCAGCUGUUUUUGGACUACAAUUCCCAUCAUCCCUGACCACUGGUCUUGCUAGGAAUGAUGGGAGUUGUUGUCCCAGAACAACUGGAGACCCAAGUUUGGGAAACACUGAUCUAGUGCAACCCCUUGCAAUGUGGGAAUAUUCAGCUAUCCCAUACUGGGAUUGAACCUGUAACCUUUGUGUUAUCAGCACCUGGCUCUAACCAACUGCGCUAUUCAUCUGCAAUAGCAGUGGAGGCUGGUCCAUUAGGACAGAUGAGGCCCUGCUCCACCAGAGAUCAUCUGCCCUCAGCCAGACCCCACCUGCCUGCCUUCUUACUUCUUACAGUACGUCACUUUCUCUAGCCUGAGGGCCUCCAUCAGCCUAUGGUCAGGGAUGAAGGGAGCUGUAGACCAGUGACAUCUGGAAGGCAACAGGCCAGGGAAGGCUGUAAACAAGUUGGAGCGUAUGUCCUAAGGCAAGAAUAGGCAGCCUAUGUACCUCCAGAGGUUGCUGGAUUUCUCCUCCAUCAGCCCCAGCUAGCAUGAUCAAUGAUCAGGGAUGAUAUGAGUUGUCAUGAAACAACAUCUAGAGAGCCACAUGUUCCCCACCUCUAGGAACAUAGGAAGCUGCCUUAUCCUGAGUCAGGCCAUUGGUCCAUCUAGCUCAGUACUGUCUACACCAGGGGUGCCCAAACUUUUUUCAAAGAGGGCCAGAUUUGAUGACGUGAACAUGCAUGAGGGCUGACCAUUUUGCCUGACAUUAUUUGAUUGUUCCCCCAAAGUUCUUGACCUUUUUUUUAGGAUUGAAGUUCUUGACCUUUUCUUAGGAUUGUUCCCCCCAAGUUGUUGAGGGUCUCACAAUCCUUACAAAAUUGAAUAGCAGAAACUAGGUUCACAGGCAGAACAGAGAGCCAAACGACGGACGGGAGUGAGAGAUGAACACCGGGCACCUGUGCAAGCUGACCAGCAGAAGGGAUACAGAGCGGCGGGCAGCUGCCAAGCUGCUGCCGCAGAAUUCCCCUCUCGCUUCACCUUGCCUGCUUCGUCCGCAUCACACCUGCGCACUGACAUCUCGAGCAGCACCGCUCAAGCAACCAAACACACAGCGCCACUGCUGGAGACGCACCAAUCGCAGCCCACCCUGCCCACCUCUAACCUUCCUUGGCGGAGCAUUGGCUCCAGGGGAGAGCGAGCAGAGCAGCAGGCAGGUGCUCGGGGGCCGCAACAGAUUGAUUUUUCCAAAUUGCCUGUGGGGCUGGUUUAAACUGGGCCCAGGCCACAAAUGGCCCUGGGCCAGACUUUGGACAUGCCUGGUCUACACUGACUGGCAGUGGCAUUCCAGGGUUUCAGACUGGGGAUAUUUCCAUCCCUACCUGGAGAUCCCAGCGAUUGAAGCUAGGACCUUCUGCAUAGAAAGCAGAUGGUCUACCACCGAGCUAUGGUCCUUGCAUGUUUUGCCCCAUGUUGGGCACAAGGUUCCUGCAUUUCAGGGGGUUGGACUAGAUCAGUAUUGGCCAAAGUUGGCCCUCCAGCUAUUUUUGGACUACAACUCCCAUCAUCCCUAGCUAACAGGACCAGUGAUCAAGGGAUGAUGGGAAUUGUAGUCCCAAAACAGCUGGAGGGACAAGUUUGGCCAUCACUGGACUAGAUGAUCCUCAUGGAUCCAACUCUAUGAUUCCCCUACAAUCUGCCCAAGGGGUUCCUGGAUUUGAUUUUGGUUUAGCCUGAAGCUACUGGGGACAGUGUGAGGGCACCAGGGCCUGGGAAGACGCACAGAGCAGAUAGUGGUGGCUUGUAUUAAUGUGGCGCCAUCCCCAAACUUUGUGUGCGUUUGUGGCAACAGAGGGGGUAAGCAGAUGUGCCUGGUGGAUUUCCACAGGCCCUGUAAUUCAGGGCAGAGGGGGAGGAGACCAAAGGAGUGGCCAGCUUUACAGAGACAAAUGCACAAAAUUAACAUCUCUUGGCUUCUGGGAAUGACCUAAUUUCUGGCGGUUGAGCUGGUGCCAGGCAGCUAUGGCAACAUACUGCAGGGGUGUGCAAAGCUCAAUGCCAGGCCUGUCAGCGUGAAGGGCUGGUAAAAUGAGAGAGGUGUGUCCUUGUCACCACGAUCUGUGCACGUUGGUAGCACAGACGAAGGUGCCUAUGCUCACUCCCUUCAUCAAAGUUGGUUCUGAGGAGCUUGGACAAGAGCCAAUGGGUUUCCUUUGCUGUAAAAGCAUCCUCCAUACCAGGCAUAGGCAAAUUCGGCCCUCCAGAUGUUUUGAGACUACAAUUCCCAUCAUCCCUGACCACUGGUCCUGUUAGCUAGGGAUGGUGGGAGUUGUUAGCUAGGGAUGGAGGGUUGAGUUUGCCUAUGCCUGCUCCAUACUCUCCGCCAAUAACUAGGGGGAGAUAGGAAAGACCUAUCAGCCUCUUCCCCCUCCCUGAGGAGUGGUUCAUGUACCUUAUUUAAUUUAUUUUAACUUGUUAAAUUUGUUAGCCACCCCCCCCCCCCGCAGUGCAACCCAAAGAGACUUACAGCAACCAAUAAAUGGCAUGCUUUAAAACCACCAGAAAACAAAACACAACGCUGUACAGUCAUACCUUGGAACCCAAACGCCUUGCAAGUCAAACGUUUCAGCUCCUGAAUGCUACAACCCUGGAAUUGAGUGUUCUGGUUUGCGAACGUUCUUUGGAACCCGGAAGUCCAACGCGGCUUCUGAUUGGCUGCAGGAGCUUCCUGCAGCCAAUCAGAAGCCGCGCUUUGGUUUCUGAAUGUUUUGGAAGUCGAACGGACUUCCGGAAUGGAUUCCGUUCGACUUCCGAGGUACCACUUUAAAUGCAAGAAAAACCUAAAAUGCAGAAAACGUCAUAAGGAAUGGGCCGAUCAUAAAAACGUAGAACUGGAAAGGACCCCAAGGGUCAUCUAGUCCAACCCGCUGCAAUGCAGGAAUCUCAGCUAAAGUAUCCAUGGCAGAUGGCCAUCCAACCUCUGCUUAAAAUGUGGCCUGCAAGGCUGUAACUCAGUGGUAGAGCAUCACCUUUGCAUGGAAAAAAUCCAUCCACAGGUAAAGCUGAGAACACCCUCUGCCAGAAACCCUGGAGAGCUGCUGCCGGUCAGUGUAGACAGUAAUGAGCUAGAUGGACCAGUGAUCUGACUCCAUUUAAGGCAGCUUCUUAUUCGUGCUACUUGUGCUAUUAACAUGUUUUAAUCUACAUAGAGGGAAAGGCUGUGAUGGGCGUCAGUCAGGCCCUGCAGUGGCCAGAUUCCCUUCUCCCAAAGUAACACAGGCAGCUGCUUUCUACUGGUUCAGACCCCUGGCUUAUCUAGCUCAGUUCUGUCUACACUGACUGGCAGCAGCUGUCUGGGAUUUCAGGGAUGGGAGAUGCUGGGGACUGAAGCUGAGGCCUUCCGCAUGCAGAGCAGAUGCUCCCUCCCCCAGCCCCCAGGCUCCAGCCCUCCCCUAAGCACAGGUGUGUGGAAAGUUACCAAGUUCCUGGCGGGCAGAAGCCGAGGUCUUUUGAGAGGGUGCCCUUGCAAGGGGCACACAUGGGUCAGAAGUCCUGGCAGAGCUGCUGAGCAUGAGGGGCACCCAGACCAGACAGCCUGGAGGUGGCUGGAUGGCGGAACUGAUGGGAAUUGAAUGAGGCUGUGAUACAAAGCGCCUAUUGUCCGCCUGCCGACUUGCGCACUCACAAGCUGCCAGCUCUGGCUGAAUUCCCCCAAGCCCACCCCCCACUCGCAGGACGGCAAGAUGGGAUUUGUCACACACACACACACACACACACACACACACACAGCUUUCCCCUCUUUUUGCCCUGUGUUCUCCGUCCAGGCUCAACUUCUGAAAAGCAUUCUUAUUGAGCAAGAACCGAUCGCGGCUUUCGAUCACUGUUGAGCCAAUAUCCCACCUCGGGGAGACCAAGCUGCCACCACAACCUCCUUUCUGCUUCCCAUCAUAGAGGAGAGCCGAGGCGCUCUGGAGCUGUAGGGGGCUGAGCACCUGUUUUGCGCCCCAAAGGCCCCCACCUUCAAUCUCUCCAUUGCCAGGUAGGGCUGGGGAAAACCCUGGAGAGCCGCUACCAGCCAGCCAGGUGGACCACUGGUCAGAAUAAGGUCACUUCCUGUAUUUCUAUCAACCCCAGUUAGCGCAUUUGGACGGCCAUUUGGCUGGAUGACUUUCGGAAGUGGUCCUGGGAGGACGACUCCACCUGUUACCCCAUUUGCUAGCAAAUUCUCUCCGACAACAACCCCAAUUCCUACUGGAUCCUUGUGGAAUGGCUCUGGAAAAGUUAUAUACAGUGGUACCUCGGGUCACAGACGCUUCAGGUUACAGACUCCGCUAACCCAGAAAUAGUACCUCAGGUUAAGAACUUUGCUUCAGGAUGAGAACAGAAAUCGUGCUCCGGCAGCGGCAGGCCCCAUUAGCUAAAGUGGUACCUCAGGUUAAGAACAGUUUCAGGUUAAGAACAGACCUCCAGAACAAAUUAAGUUCUUAACCCGAGGUACCACUGUAUACCCUCCAACCUUUCUCUGAUGAAAAUAGAGACAUCCUAUUCCAUGAUGAUAGUAAGAAUAAUUUUAUUAUUUAUAGCCCACCCAUCUGACUGGGUUGCCCCAGCCACGCUGGGUGGCUUCCAACAUAUAUAAAACCAUAAUAAAACAUGAAGCAUUAAAAAACUUCCCUAUACAGGGCUGCCUUCAGAUGUGUUCUAAAGGUUGUGUAGUUACUUAUCUCCUUGGCUUGGGGGUCGCGUAACUCCGUACCCUCCAACAUUUCUCCACUGAAAAUGGGGACACCCUAAGGGAAAGCGGGACAUUCUGGGAUAAAUCAGAAACUGGGAAGGCUUCUGUAAAUUUAGAACUGUCCCUGGAAAAUAGGGACACUCGUAGGGUCUGGUCAUUGACACCUAUUGUCUGCUCCCCACUGCUUCUCUCAUCCUUAAGUUUUUAUGCCGCCCAAUUAAAACCACUGGGGUUCUUUUAACCAACAGAUGAAGCAACUUUCCAUUUUAUUUUUCACUGCCGCUCAGUCUCAAACACCUUUUCCAAAUCUCUGCCACAGCAAUGCCUCUUAAUGUAUAGUCUGCUCUGCCAGUUGCUAUCGGCUAGUAGAGCAUCACAAAAACAUCCCAAACCCAAAGCCCAUCGCCAGCCAAUUUUUUUUGCUUUUGUGGGAGGGGACGCCCUCUGUUCUGUGUUCUGCACUCUGCGGUUGGGGGGAGAAGGUGGAUUCACUGCUAGCUUUAGAGCCGAGGGGCCAGGAAGUCUGUUGUGGGGUGCAGCUGGGCCUUCCACACGAGGUUCACCCAGAUCUGUACCCAGGUUGGCGCUGCCACGGUCUCCUGCUUACUCUAAUUGGCUCCCGGAGGUGAAUUUGUUCCUGGACCCGGUGGUUUUCCGGCUUCUGUUCUUCUGGGCAAACUUUUUUGCUGGGGAGGAGGAGCCGCACACCUCCCUGUUGAUCCUGCCCUAUUUCCGUGGGGGUGGACAAGGAGCCUGGCAAGAGCUAUUUGUGCUAUCUGGGCGGCUUUCAUCUCCCUUCCCCCUGCAGCUCUGGCACAAUGGACCGCCGAUUUCACGCCUAUUAGCAGGCAGGAAUGCAGCGGUUCGCCUCUGCCUCUGUGUAGCUUCAAAAAGGAUUUGCCGUGAAGCGUGGAAAUACAACGCAGAGGCGGCCCUGGGCCCGAGGCGGGGAGGGUGCGGUGGGAGGAGGACGAACGGAGCCAACAAGUGGGGAGAGGGGAGGUGGAAUAUACGUGGCAGUGUUUUCUAAGUGGAACACGGGAGUCGCACCUCCCGGCAGGCCCCGGCGAUUGCAACCAUACGAAGAGCCGUGGAUCCGGGGCAGGACACAUGCCUUGCUUGCAGAAGGUCCCAGAUUCAAUCCCCUGCAUCUUUAGGCAGAGGUUUUUUUUGGGGGGGGGACUAUGGAGAACUUCUGCCAGUCCCUGUAGCCCAAAGGCAGGGCAACUUUUUCAGAGCCUGAGAGUCACAUAAAGUACUACAGUGGUACCUCAGGUUAAGAACUUAAUUCGUUCCGGAGGUCCGUUCUUAACCUGAAACUGUUCUUAACCUGAAGCACCACUUUAGCUAAUGGGGCCUCCUGCUGCCGCCGUAGCACAAUUUCUGUUCUCAUCCUGAAGCAAAGUUCUUAACCCGAGAUACUAUUUCUGGGUUAGCGGAGUCUGUACCCUGAAGUGUAUGUAACCAGAGGUACCACUGUAUUAUGCCGCCUCCUCAUGGGACCAUGAAUAGUCUCCACUCAACAGUGCUGCAUUCACACCCUACAUUUAAAGUAGUAUCGUAGCACUUUAAACAGUCACAGCUUCCCCCAAAGAAUUCUGGGAAGUGUAGUUUGUUAACAGGUGCUGAGUGUGGUUAGGAGACCACCUCCCAAUUCCCCUCCCAGAGCUACAGUUCCUCCUGCCCGUGAGUAGGCUUGUCAGCUUUUGACCCACCUCUGUGUCUUUUAACAGCCAUUUGAUUGGCAGCAAUUAAGCCAGUGAUUGAGCUUUAUCUCCAGUCUAUGAAAUUCCUUUAGAGCUGAUGACUCUAUGGCACAUCCAGUACAAAAAGUUGGCAGCCCUCUAUUCUCAUUCCCUCUCUAUCUCAUCACUUGCAUUUCAAGUACAACAGUUCUGACAAAGGGUUGUGUUGAAUGCUAGUUCUGCUCAGAGUAGACUGAUUUGAAUUAAUGAACAAGACUUAAGAUAGAGUCAUGAUUUUCAAUGGGUCUACUCUGAGUAAGACUUGGUUGCCUACAACCCCAUAUCUGGUCUAGGGGAUCCUGAAAAAGCGUCCCUAGGUGUUUUUGCCAGAUGAAGUGUACUUGUUUGUGGGUGCUAUGCUGCUCUCUCUGACCCGAGGGCAGCAGAAUUGUGAUAUCGGGUGAAGAACCUGCCACUCUUAAAUGUUGUUGAACUACAACUCCCAUCAUCCCUGAUCAUUGGCUAGCCUGGCUGCGGGUCAUGGGAGUUGGCCCAGCAACAUCAGGAGAGCCAGAGGUUCCCCAUCCAUGAUGUAAGCUGUUUCAGGACUGGCAAAGAGGGGGGGCAUAAGAAGAAAUGUUAGCUAGAGAUGUUGACAAAGUUCUCAAGUUCAAGAAGCAACUCCAAGGACUUGUAAAAACCUACCUUAAAUGAGAGCUGAGCUUGUAAAGUCCCCCUCUCUGUUCUUCUUGGGCUCAGAUUAAAAUCUAAAUCAAAGAAGAAUUCAUGGCUUCCCCUGGCCCAUCCCUGCUAAACUUUCCUUCCCCCAAAGCUACCUAUAGGUAAAGGGUACCCCUGGCCAUUAGGUCCAGUCGUGACCGUCUCUGGGGUUGCAGCACUCAUCUCACUUUAUUGGCCAAGGGAGCCGACGUACAGCUUCCGGGUCAUGUGGCCAGCAGGACUAAGCCGCUUCUGGCGAACCAGAGCAGCGCACGGAAACGCCGUUUACCUUCCCACCGGAGCGGUACCUGUUUAUCUACUUGCACUUUGACAUGUUUUCGAACUGCUAGGUUGGCAGGAGCAGGGACUGAGCAACGGGAGCUCACCCCGUCACGGGGAUUCGAACUGCCGACCUUCUGAUCGGCAAGUCCUAGGCUCUGUGGUUUAACCCACAGUGCCACCCGCUUCCACCCACUCUAAAAUACAUUCCCUUCCCAUUCCCUGAAGCUGUGGCAGCAGCAGUGAAUGUGUGCAGGGGGUAAAAGAAGGGAGGUGUGUUUUGGGUGUUGGUGAGGGGCUGGCCAGCUGGCUUUUGAGGGAGGGUAUUUUUUCUGAACUCUCAGAUUUGCUUGGGGAAAUUACCUGAGUGUUUCUGAUUGCCACCUCCCCCAGAAAAAAAAUUUUUUGGAUAGUUUCCAGGUGAAUGUAAGGCAGGUUCUUGGAGAGUUCACCCAUUUCUAAUCUUGGCUGCAGUGGUAUCUUUUUGUGUAUGGAGACGGCUCUCAUAACAAAGGGACGUCUCCUAGCCAGAUGACAGCCGUUUCUGUCUCUCCUCGCAGUCUAUUCCUGCGGUGUUGACAACUUCUAAAGGUAAAGCCUUGGUCUUUCCCUUUCCAGAGCUGAUAACAGAACCCAGGCACCCCCAACCUCAGGGACGCAGGAAACACAAUUCUACUUAGAAAGUGCAGUUACGAAGUACAAUCCGGAAACUGCAGCUAGUGCAGAAUGCUGCAGCACAAUUGCUGACAGGAGUGAGGCCUUGUCAGCAUAUAAGACGUGGGCUCAGAGAGCUGCACUGAUUGCUGAUGUUGCAAGGUGGUAAUGUUAGCAUAUGCAGACCUUAAAAACAUGGGACCAGUUUACCUACGAAAUCACCUUACCCCACAUGUGCCCACUCGACUGCUUCAAUCGGUUGAAUUGGUACUAUUACAGGUGCGACUCAAUACCCAUUUAUGAGAAUUCAAUCGUUUAGUGUGGCAGCAGCUGAACUUUGGAACUCCCUGCCACUUGAAAUCAAGCAAGCGCCGUCAUUGUACUCUUUCCAUCCCCCGCUGAAAACAUUCUUGUUUGGGCAAGCCUACCCAGGUGCUUAGAAAGUUGAAGUGAUUUGAAUCUGUUUUAGUAUUUUAACUUUCGUACGUUUUAAUGUAUGGUUGUGCAUUUCUCUCGAAUUUACUGUUUUAUCUCUUUGUAAACCACCCUGAGGUUUCUCACAAUCAAGUGGGGUAUACCUUUUUGUGAAAUACAUAAAUAAGCAUGUGUCUCACAAAGUCACACGGUGCACUCCUGGUUUAAAACAGAGCACAGAUCAGACAAACCAUAGUGUUUACAUCUUAAAAGUUUCUAGAUAUCAUGGUUCCUUGAAUAAACAAUCCCUGUUUAAAAUGUGUAAUGAGUGUAAAACCGUGUCCCCUUAACCCUGUUCCAUGCAGGGAACCUAGGAGUGGGCGGUUGCUAUGGGCUGUUUUUGGAUGUGAAGUUAUGGGAUGUUUUCAAUUUACAUAUUGGUGAACUUUGCAAUCCCUUUGGUUCUGAUGUACGCUGGUUAAUUGUGGAUUUGUUUAUUUUUAGCGUUAGGUUGUAGCGGUGGUAUUAGACUCUUUAUUAGGUGUUAUUGCGCUUCUGUAUUUAGACUGUUUGUUUUGGUCCUGAACAUCUUUGCGCACAGAUGUUUUUUGUGGGAAUUGUGAUAUAUAUAUAAAUAAAUUGGCUAUGAGCAGGCUAUGAGUAGACCAGGCGCCCCCUCUCAGUGGGUGACAGUGAAGGCCUAUGAGUAGAUGAGGGCCAGGGAUGAGCUAUGAGUAGACCAGGCUCCCACUCCUUGUGGGUAGCAGGGACAUUGGCAAAGGGGGCAGGGCUGGCACACUCAUCCCCGCCUCCACUUCAACGUGAUGGGAAUUGUGUGACUAACGGGAUGCCCAAAGAGGACUAUAGCUUUGUAGCUCUUUACCACCACCCCCCUCCAUCCCAAACCUACGCAAAAUUGUGAACUCAGUCUUAGCAACAUGAGGAGCUGCCUAAAGGAGACCAACAGCCCAUCUAGCUCAAUAUUGUCUGCACGGACUGGCAACGGCUUUCGGGCUGUCCCCCAACCCUACCUGGAGAUGCUGGGGAUUGAACCUGGAACCUCCUGCACACCUAGAAUCAUAAAAUCAUGGAAUUGUAGAGUUGGAGAGGACCAUGAGAGUCAUCUAGUCCAAACCCCUGCAAUGCAGAAAUAUGCAGCUGUCCCUUCUGGGGAUCGAACCUGCAACCUUGGCAUUAUCAGCAGCACCCUCUAACCCGCUGAGCUAUCCAGGCUGGUAAUACUACAGCAAAGCAGAUGCUCUAUCCCUGAGCUGUGGCCCAGCCGGCUAGCCCCAUGGUCUCACAACUAUCCCAAAAGAAAGAAAUGGUGUCGCGUCCUUUAAAGGUUGCUUGGAAGUCUCCAGUCUUGGGCACGCUUUGGCACUGGAGAGUUAGUGGCUCAUUGUGGCUCAAGGAAGGGAAUCUCUCCACCAACCAUGAAUGUUCUUCUCUGCCUGACACUGCACUCCAGUUUCUGCCUCUUCCCCUCUCGCCAGCCCCUUUGCCUGCUAUUUACAAACGGCGUCUGCCAGCACCCCAACAGCCGUGGGGAGCAUGGCAAAAGGAAAGGCGUUUGCCAGAACUGGAGUUGUGCAGCGGGGCCGCCCCCCCCCCCAACCAGCAAAAGGGCACGAAGCGAAGUGAUGGUUUCGGGAGGGUGGUAAGGUCAGGAGGAGAGCUCAUCCACCCUGCCGUUCAGAUGGAGUCACACUGCCCUACAUGAGGCUCCCUUGCAAUGGUGCAAUGCUUUCGAAUGUCACCAGAUGGGAGCCCAUAUGGAGUCCCCCCUGUGGGAUUGUGGCAGGAGUGUCCCCUGCAGCUGUGUGUGUGUGUUCAGGAAGCAUGUGUGUGUGUGUGUGUGUGAGAGAGAGAGAGAGAGAGAGAGAGAGAGAGAGGUGAAUGAAUGAAUUUGCCAGGCUAUUAAACAGUGUCGGCUCCGGAUAUUUGGGUGGUCCCAUUGGGCAGGAUGACCUCAUCAGGGUCCCUGAAUGUGCCCAUCACCUCUCUGCUCUCCCCACUGCCCGCUCACUCACUAAUAAUAAUAAUAAUUUGUUUAUACCUCACCCAUCUGGCUGGGCUUCCCCAGCCACUCUGGGCGGCUUCCAACAAAAUAUCAAAAUACAGUAAUGCAUCAAACAUUAAAAGCUUCCCUAAAUAGGGCUGCCUUCAGAUGUCUCCCUCUGGAUCUGAACUGCACCCGAGGGAGAAGGCAAGGCAAGCUGCUUGCACCCUUGGGGUUUGUAUCCAGUUCCGCUCAGAGUACACCCAUUGAAAUGAACAGACUUUUGUUAGUCAAGUCCAUUGAUUUCAAGGGAUCUGCUCAGAGUAGGAUUGGCUUUGGAUACAACCCUCGCAUACCCUCCAACAUUUCUCCGAUGAGAAUAGGGACAUCCUAUUCCAUUAUUCUCAUUCUUAUUAUUUUAUUAAUACCCCACCCAUUUGACUGGGUUGCCUUGGCCACUCUGGGUGGCUUCCAACAUAUAUAAAAACAUAAUAACACAUUAAACAUUAAAAAACUUCCAUCUACAGGGCUGCCUUCUGAUGUCUUCUAAUAGUUAUCUCCUUGCUUGGGGGUCGCAUAACUCCAUAACACUGAAAAUAGAGGUGUCCUAGGGAAAAGUGGGACAUUCCAGGAGUUUUUCCAGAUCAAGGGCCAUAUUCUCCUCUUAGCAACCUUCCAAGGGCCACAUGCCAGUGGUGGGCAGGGCCAGAGGCAAAAGGGAGAGCAGCAACAGAUGCCAAUUUUACCUUUCAACAUGUGGCUAAUUCCCCCACAUAUAUGUACCUCUCUUCCUCUGCUAACCAGACAAGCAAGAAGCAUUAUCAGGAUUCAGGGACACCUUUCAGCCAGGAAAAAACACUCAAGGAACAUGCAAAGCACAGCCAAUGAAGGGUGCAGCCUGGGGAGAGUUAUGAGGGCCAGGCAGAGAGACCUGGAGGGCCACAUUCAGCCCCCCUGAGCCUGAGGUUCUCCACCUCUCUCAGGGGCAUCUUCUCACUUUUUUAUUAUUUACCCCCACUUUUUAUUAUUUCCCUGGUGGCCCCAUCCAAUCCAGAGGAGCAGGUGUGAGAAGUGAGUUGCUAUGGAAGAAGAGAAUGUGCCCCAUUUGUGCCUGGGGAGGGCUCAGGAGGUAAUACACACAAACACCCCCUGUAAAAAUAGGUCUGGUCCUUUCACUGUUUCAUUGCUUUAAGAACUGUUUUGUAAGUGAGGUGUUGGAGAUCAAAAAGUGUUCUCCCUUGGGUGGUGAGUUCGAUGAAACAGAGCCGUACAGAGGGUCCUUCUCUUCCUUGCUGUAAACACACACACACACACACACACACACACACACACACACACACACACACAAUUUUAGAAAAUGGUUGGGCAGUCGGCGCUCAGACGGGGAGUUCAGGUUGGUACCAGGCUUGGUGGCCCUGUUCCAGCCGGCAUCAGAUCCCCUAUUCCCCUGGGGUGGUUGGACCAGCCUGCCUUUCUGACUCUCUCCCAGCCCUUUGUCUCUGGCUCCAUCUCCAUGUCUCAGCCCUCUUGACCCUCUUGAGAGGAUUAUCGUGCUAUUCAGACCCUCGUUUAGUGGGUAAACUUUUAAACAAUAGGACAAAGGCCUGGCGUUAUUGGAUUGCAGUUAAGCAGGCUUUAGUGAGGAGAUAAGAGUCUCAAGAUGGAGGGAUCUGUGUGCCAAUAAAGGCUCUUUCAGCCUCGGAGAUCUUAACAGUCUCCCAGUGGCCGAAAGGGCGGAAGGUGCGGGGGGGCGGGGGAGGACAAAAGCUGGGUGCUGAAACAACUAGAUAUGCUUUUCAGCAGGGAGUGUGUGUGCGCAAACCAGCAACAUUUAUUUUAUUUCUUUCUUUAAAAGCAUUCAGAAACACAUUAAACAGGGUCCGAUCUUAUGGGUUUGGGGGAACCUGGGCAGAAAGGCGCAUCUGUACCAUAUGUUUGAAGCAGUGGGGAGAUUCUGCUUCAUGUAUAGAAGGGGAAAUACUAUUGCAGGUCACCCCGAACUCCAAGCAUUGCAAGAUUCCAGAGGUUCCAGGCAGACUUACCCAAGGUCCAUGUUUCCUUUUGGAAAAUGAGGUACGGCAGAGACUGCAGUGUCUUCAUGAUAUAUGGUUUAUUUAUACAUAUAUACAACCUGAGCUGACGGUGGAGAGGUUCCCAGCAUUACACUCCCAAGAGGAUUGUUUCCUCCGUAGGCACAUCUUAGGAUCCAGAUGGACAUCAGCCGUCAUGCCCUGGCUCCAUUCUGCUUCCCUGUUGCAUAACUGCUCCCCAACCUCCUAACUUACAUCUUUGGAGCUUUGUGUUGUCCUAAUGGCCCAUCCCCGGGCUAUCACCUCACCCAGGAGGCCAGCCUGGCAUAAUUAGCCCUUGACACAUGCUGAUUCCAAGGGACUAGCAUCGUCUAGCACACAGCUUUAUCCAUAUGGGUCUGGUCUAGUGCACAUGAGUCUAAUACUCAGGGUCUGGCUAUUUCCUGGUUUUAACACUCCAAGCAUUGAUUAAAUUCUAACGGCUAUUAGGGAAGUUUUUAAUGUUUGAUGUUGUUGCUUUUUUAUUAUUGUUGUUGUUGGUGUUCUUUUGGGAGCCACCCAGAGUGGCUGGGGAAACCCAGCCAGAUGGGUGGGUUAUAAAUAAAUUAUUAUUAUUAUUAUUAUUAUUAUUAUUAGACCCAGGAAUUUAGGGUGUCUAGCAGGCACCAACUCACAACAAUACAUUUUCAUUAAAUCUAUUUAUUUACUUUUAUAUCUCACCUUUCCACCCCUCCCCAUCUUAUGGGUUCCCCCACAACACACCCAUUUUAUUCCCAUAGCAGCCCUGUCAGGUAGAUCAUGUGGAACAAGAAUGCUUAGUCCAAGAUUAUCUAAGUUCCUGCAGGUUUGAACCUGGGUCUCCCCUCAGUCCUAAUCUGACACUCACACCACUCUGCCAUGCUAUAUUCUGGCCACAGUAAGAAGGAAGGAGAAUGAAAAGGCUGUUUCUGCAGAGCCUCAAAACCCAACUUUUUAAGGCUGAUUCACCCAUCCCUGUGUAUCGCUCAAUUAUUACCCUGAGCAGCUUUAGGGCCUUUCAGAUCCCUCAGAUCCCAGCCUGAUCACUGAGACCAUCCAAGGAAGCAAGGCUGGUUUUCCCCUGAGUUAGUGAGGCUCAUUUGACAUUGGCACAAAACUGAGCCUUUCAAGUCACAGACUCCAGUCCUGUGGAAGCUUCUUCCAAUAGAGAUUCAGGAGACGUCUUCCAGAUUAACCUUUAAACGUUUGCUGAAAACGUCUCUGUGCUACCAGGCUUAUGCAGAUAAUAAAGACAAAAUAUUAUCUGCAAUAGUUAGCUGGUGGUCUGCUAAUUACAUAAUUUUACAGUGGUACCUCGCAAGACGAAUGCCUCGCAAGACAAAAAACUCGCUAGACGAAAGGGUUUUUUGUUUUUUGAGCUGCUUCGCAAGACGAUUUUCCCUAUGGGCUUGCUUCGCGGAACAACUCAUAGAACGCGGUGUGGUAGCCUUUUUUGAGGUUUUUAAAGACUUUGGUGAUUUUUGAAGCUUUUCCAAAACUUUCCCGACACCGUGCUUCUCAAGACGAAAAAAAUUGCAAGACGACAAAACUCGCGGAACGAAUUAAUUUCGUCUUGCGAGGCACCACUGUACGUUUUUCUGAAGUUUAUCACCAUAUGUGUGUGUGCGCGUAUCUGCUUUGUGUGCUUUUUAAGUGAAACUGCAGUAUACCGCCGCCCAGAGUAUAGCCGCCCAGAGUGGCUGGGGAAACCCAGCCAGAUGGGCGGGGUACAAAUAAUAAAUUAUUAUUAUUAUUAUAUACGUGUAAUUCUUACAUUCUUACAAAUGGGUGAAUGUGUUGAAUGUUAUCUCUAGCAAUACAGUGGUAUCUCGGGUUACAGACGCUUCACGUUACAGAGGCUUUAGGUUACAGACUCCGAUAACCCAGAAGUAGUACCUCGGGUUAAGCACUUUGCUUCAGUUUGAGAACAGAAAUCAUGCGGCUGUGGCGCGGCGGCAGCAGGAGGCCCCAUUAGCUAAAGUGGUACCUCAGGUUAAGAACAGUUUCAGGUUAAGAACGGACCUCCGGAACGAAUUAAGUUCUUAACCAGAGGUACCACUGUAGUAAGGAUCUGUUUUAUAGUGUCUGAACCACGCCAGGAUGUUGCAGCCAUUGGAAGAUAAGAAGCUGCCCUAUGCAGAGUCAGGCCAUGGGCUCACCUUGCUCAGUAAUUGCCCACACUUGAUGCAGGAAGUCCGCUGCCACAGCAUCCCUGACAUCUCUCAGCAGCUGCUUAAAAACCUCUCCUCCACUACCUCCUGAAGCAGGCUGUUCCAAGGUACCACAAUUUGUCCCCUGAGCAAGCUCCUCUCUCUCUUAGUUUGAGGACAGCAAUGUCCAUCGAAAGAACACCAGCUUGAAGAGCAUUUUCUACAGACAAGCAAGUGUUAGGUUUUUCUCAUUAGUCCCCUGACUAAUGAAUGAUCAGUCCUCCCGACUCCUGGAUAGGCCUGGUCUCAGGGUUGCACAAGUUCACUCUGCAGUAAGAAAGCGAGCUUUAUAUGGAUCAGCAGUCUCUGGGGAAACUUCUCUAAAAUAUCUAUUUAAGCAUCUCUUGUUUCUUUAAUGGUCAAUUGAGCAGGAAACCACGAGCUAUUCAACGGAGCAUGACAUCCUCAGCAAGCAAACCUAGCAAAUCCCCUUUGGGGAUCUUUACACACAGAGAGUUGUGAAAAAGGAUACUCCCCCAAUACAUAAGUGGGAUAACAUAGGAACAAUAAGCAGAGGCCCUGCUGCAUCGGCCCAAAGGAUCAAACCAUCAUCUAGUCUUGCCUCUUUUUCUCGCUGUCUUCAUAUGCCUAUGGGAAGGCUGCAAUCAGAACACAAGGGCAAUAGCUCUGGAGGUAAAGCAUUGAGAUCUUUGUCCUCUGUGCAUUUGUACAGUGGUACCUUGGGUUAAAUACAGUGGUACCUCGGGUUAAGUACUUAAUUCGUUCCAGAGGUCCAUUCUUAACCUGAAACUAUUCAUAACCUGAAGCACCACUUUAGCUAAUGGGGCCUCCAGUGCCGCCGCAGCACAAUUUCUGUUCUCAUCCUGAAGCAAAAUUCUUAACCCGAGGUAAUAUUUCUGGGUUAGCGGAGUCUGUAACCUGAAGCGUAUGUAACCUGAAGCAUAUGUAACCUGAGGUACCACUGUAUAAUCCCAUUUUAUUAUUUACUUGUUGCAACGUUUCCAUCCUGCCUUUCCUCUAAAGGAGUUCAAGGCAGCAGGCCUGGUUCUUCUGCUCUCCGUUGUUACCUUCAGGACUACCUUGUGAGGUAGGAUAAGCAGGGAAACUUGCGCUUGUGUACACACUGCCCAUUUGAAGCCCAUUAUUUCUCUCAAAGAAUUCUGGGCACUGCAGUUUGUUGCUGGGAACCAUAACUCUGUGAGGGGCAUACGACAAUGCCCAGAUUUAUUUAAGAGAAAGGAAGUGCUUUGACAGUAAAGGUCUCAGGUGUACGCAGCCUUAGAGCGGACCAAGUGAGCUUUAUGGCCGAGUGGGGAUUUGAACCCUGUUCUCACCCAGGUCCUAGCCCAGCACUUUCACUACUAUCCCACAUUGGCUCUAUCUAAAAGCUGUGGGUUAAACCACAGAGCCUAGGACUUGCCGAUCAGAAGGUCGGUGGUUCGAAUCCCUGCGACGGGGUGAGCUCCCGUUGCUCGGUCCCUGCUCCUGCCAACCUAGCAGUUCGAAAGCACGUCAAAGUGCAAGUAGAUAAAUAGGUACCACUCCGGCAGGAAGGUAAAUGGUGUUUCCGUGCGCUGCUCUGGUUCGCCAGAAGCGGCUUAGUCCUGCUGGCCACAUGACCCAGAAGCUGUACGCCGGCUCCCUCGGCCAAUAAAGCGAGAUGAGUGCCGCAACCCCAGAGUCGGCCACAACUGGACCUAAUGGUCAGGGGUCCCUUUACCUUUACCUAUCCUCCACCACAGCUGAAGGUAACUUAAGGGAGGCAGUGUGACAUACCUUGAAAUAUCCACAAGCAUCUUCCUGCCCGCUGCUCUCCUGUCAUCCACAAACUGCCCAGCGGUGGUUCCAGCAAGAGAUGAUACCAUUCACACCUCUUUACCCUGGCCGUUGAAAACCGGAGAAUUGAUUUUGGCAUCUGCCUGGCGAUUUGUUGCGUGGAUUAUUGAUUUUGGGGUUAUGGACAGGUUGGUGUUGCUUUUACUGUUUUAACUGCGUUUUUAUAUGCUGUGAUCCUCCCUGGGACCUUCUGGCGAAGCAGGGGUGGCUGGUACGCAAAAGGGACUGGAAGUGCGCAAGGCAGGGAGGUCAUCAGUAGGGGGAGCUAGAGCAACUAAUUCUAGGUUUGUUCUCCUCCCUGCUGAGUUCCACUUGGGCCAUUCUAAGGAGGAGGAAUCAUAGGCUUGUGGAGUUGGAGCGGACCACAAGGCUCAUUCUGUCCAAUCCCCUGUAAUGAAGGAAUCCUGCCAACAGCCGCCCCAAGGUGGAUAACCCUGGCUUAAGUCACCUCAUUGAUUCCAAAGGGAAACAAGUUCACCCAACAUAGUCUGGAUCCAACCAAAGAAGAAAGAAGUCAUCUACCCACCAAGAUCAAAAUUGAAAGUGUAGUCCAAACUGAAGAGAGAUAAAUAAACCCUUACAUUGGGUGCACUAUACACACACACACACACACACACACACACACACACACACAUUUCAAACCACGAUAGGAAACGGGUCUCAGUCCCUGGCAUCUCCAGGUUGGGCUGCGAAUAUGCCUUGCCUGAAACCUUGGAGAGCUACAUCAGUCAGUGUAGACAAUGCUGAGCUAGAUAGACUAAUGGGAUAGCUCAGUCAGUAAAGCAUGAGACUCUUAAUCUCAGGAUUGUGAGUUCAAGCCCCAGGCUGGGCAAAAGUAUCCUGCAUUGGAGGGGGUUGGAAUAGAUGAUGCUCGUGGUCCCUUCCAACUCUACAAUUCCAUUUCUCUAUAUAGCUGGUUGCUAAUUAACACAGAACAAAGCUCUGCAAGAGAUCCAAUUUUCACAUCACAGACACAUGGGUCACCUCCAGAAUGCUAGAAUUUUGCAGAGGAGAUUGAAGCGCAUUCUGGAAAUCUUGGUUUCCCGGAUUAAAGUGCUCUGUUGCCCUACUGCAACAAAUCCACUUUUAUUUUUAAAAAAACUUUUUGCAGUUAGGAAAGUGUUGUGGAAAUGCACUGGGGAGGGUGAAAUGUGCAUAUGAUGAACACCGUACCAGCAAAUCAGGAUGAAAGCUCAUUGUCGUACAACUUCCCUGCCAAUGGAUUGGAACGAAUGCGUGAUAAAAAGACUAUGCACCGCCUACCCUUUGCAUAAGCUUUGUGCAAGCAAAUGAGGGUGAAAGCUGAGUCUUCAGGUCCCCUGGAGGAGCCCGUGGUCUCUGGGGCAGCAGCAUGGAUCUGUUCCACUGUCUGCGCGAAGGCAGGGAGUGGAGAUCAUCCACGGCUGCCUAGGCACAUGUACAAUCCUUGAAAUCCAUUUGCGUAAUAGCCCCUGAUAAGACAUGACACUCUGACUGCAUGAACAUGUUCAGGAUUUUAAAGGACAUGCACAUGUGGAAAAACAGUCCUUGGUCCCAUGCAAAGCUGCUCUGGGAAUUUUAUUGAAGCAUUUCUCAAAUAAACAAAAUAGCAAAAUAAAUGAAAGGGGACUGUUUUGUUUCUUUGUUUAAACAGUUUAUGUACUGGUUGGAAGAGUAAGGAUUGUACACUGGCGGAAAAGGUGGGGGCGGGGGCGGUCCGCCCCAGAUGCCAUCCGGGGGGUGACAUCGUGGCCACGCCCCCCUGGGAUGCGUGCCAGCCACGCCCCUGGAUGUACGCCACUUCCGGUGCUGGAGUAAGUAGCUUCACCAUUGGGAUUGUAUCCAUGUUUUACUCAAGUCAACCCAUUAAAAUGAAUGGAUCUAAGUUAGUGAUGUCCAUUACAUUCAGUGGGUUUACUCUAAAGUAUGAUUAAGGUUGGACAGAACCACAAGCACACAUCUGACAAUGUGUAUGCGCUAUGCCUUUAAAGCACCAUUCUUUCCGUCAAAGAAUUCUGGGCACUGUAGUUUGUUAACGGUUUCUGGAAAUUGUUGCUCUGUGAAGGGUAAACGACAGUGCCCAGAAUUCUUUGAGGGAAACAACGUGUUCCAAAUGUGCCUUAAAGGUAUAGUGUCUACACAGCCUCAUAACACAAUAAAUAAAGAUUCAGUGGGGGGAGACCCCACCCUUUAAAAACCCUACAUUACAGAACAUUAUAGUUAACUGCUGAACAGGAUGUCAGAAUAAAGCAUUGCACAUGAAGAACUACAAGCAAUACAACGGAAAUUCCACAUUUUCAAGCAACAGCUAAACAAAAUAUCCUCCUAAUACAUUCAUGAUAAAUGAAAAACAACUGCAAAGCAGGCAAUAAAGAAAAACCUACAUUGUUUUAUUGGGAUUGACAGUAUAAUGGGAUAUACUGAUUUAUUCCCGCAUAAUCUGGGCGUUUCCUGCAUUCUUAUUGACCCCCAGAUCCUUCCUCCACCCAAAACAAAUAUAGCACCCCAGAGGGUGCAGUGAUUUACUUGCUUGCGCACGUGUGUGUGUCCGCACACACACACACACACACGCCACCUCUAAAGUUUCUUUUAAUGCAUUUGCCUAGAGCCAGGGGAAGGGAGAGCAAAAGAAAGCUGUUUGACGGUGGGAACACAAAGUGGAAACAGAGGCUUCCUUGGCUGAAGGGCAUGUGCAGAGCACACCAAACCAGCACCUCAGCAGUCUGUGGCGCGGAGAUAAGGCAGUGCCAGGGACCCGGGGGCUCCUGCGGCGCCUCAAAAAAUUGAAACUCUCCUCUAUCAGCUUUCCCUCCCUGCUCUCCUGCUUCGCAAACCCCCCUCUCACUCCUCCCAGGUCUCCUCAGUGCGUUUGUGGCUUUUGCUGCUUCUCCCACAAAAGGAAAGAGACAGAAGAAUUUACCAACAGGAGGAGGAAUGUUAUUGGGACAUGCACUCACCUCAGCUGGGGUACAGGUUUUUCCCUAGGGAGGAGGGUAAACAGGCACAGAUCUGCCACAUCACUAGUAGGGAUGUGCAAUUCUGUCGAUUUCAGCUUCUCUCCAUUUCCCCUUCUUCCAUUCUCUGCCUUUCCACAUCACUCUCUCUCUCUCUCUCUCUCUCUGUGUGUGGGGGGGGGGGGGUUGGGGGUGAAUUUCACCUAAAAUGCACAAUUUCAUGUACAAUUUUGCCUGACGUACACACGUUUGCAAAGCAAUCUCCCCAACCCAGACACAUUUCCCCACUCUGUUUUCACUCCUCUGUGCCCUUGUAAGCACACGUUACCCUCCUACAUGUGUUUUCGCAGACGUUUCUGGGCUGGUAGAACCGCGCCGCAAGAUUCGGAGGAGCUCAGGUCUCGACGGAAGGCUGUGUUUUGGCGCACGUGUUGUUUCAGAAAGCACAAGCGUGGGAGGUUCAUCUCUGAACGCAAACUGAACUCUGAAUCUCUCCCUAAUUGCUUGACCUUAACCACCUUGGUACUGUUGUUCUUUCUUCCUCAGGGUUGGCCGCCUAUUUCUUCCAACAGCCCAUGGACCAGGUGAUUGUGUCUGGACAGUCCGUGACGCUGGCUUGCGUGGUGAUGGGCUACCGAGGCAUGGUGCAGUGGACCAAGGACGGGCUGGCCUUGGGGGGAGAAAGAGACCUGCCAGGUACGCUCGCCGUGGUACUGGGAGGGAAGCGGGUACAGUAGCGAUCAGUCGCUGUAGUAAACCUGUACGACUCCAGGGGGCGCUGCGGGUGCCUCUUUGCAUCCUGGGUUCUGCAAACUCACCUUACGUGACAACCUGCUUUUCUCCUCGCUGCAGGCUGGUCACGCUACUCCAUUGUUGGAGAUGCAUCUGCUGGGCAGCAUAACCUGAAGAUUGACUACGCCGAACUGGAUGAUGAUGCCAUCUAUGAAUGCCAGGCCACUCAGGCCGCCCUGCGAUCGCAGAGGGCCAAGCUGACCGUACUCAGUGAGUUCUCUCCCCCCCCCUUAAUUCCUCGGACCACUGACAUGAUUCUCCCACUUCACCUGCUUUUCAAGGCGGUCCCAUCCUUGACCAGAGUUGCUCAGGCUCGAGAGUGCUUAAAAUCCAGUUUUUCAAAACCGUUCUUUCUCCCCUCAGUAAUGAUAAUGAUAAUAAUUUAUUAUUUAUACCCCACCCAUCUGGCUGGGUUUCCCCAGCCACUCUGGGUGGCUUCCAAAAAAAUAUUAAAAACACGAUACAUCAAACAUUAAAAACUUCCCUAAGCAGGGCUGCCUUCAGAUGUCCUCUAACAGUCAGCUACAGUCAUACCUCGGGUUAAAUGUGCUUCAGGUGGAGCGUUUUCAAGUUAUGCUACACGGCAACUCAGAAGUAAUGGAGCGUGUCAUUUCUGGGUUUCGUCGCUCACGCAUGUGCAGAUGCUCAAAAUGACGUCACGCGCAUGCGCGGAAGUGGCAAAACGCAACACGCGCAGUCGCAUCUUACGUUUUACUCAGAAUGCAAACGGGGCUCUGGAAUGGAUCCCGUUCACAUCCAGAGGUACCACUGUAGUUGUUUAUUUCCUUGGCAUCUGGUGGGAGGGCGUUCUACAGUGUGGGCGCCACUACUGAGAAGGUCCUCUGCCUGGCUCCCUGUAACCUUGCAGUGAGGGAACCGCCAGAAGGCCUUCGGAGCUGGACCUCGGUGUCUGGGCUGAACGAUGGGGGUGGAGACGCUCCUUCAGGUAUCCUGGGCCAAGGCCGUUUAGGGCUUUAACGGUCAGUACCAACAUUUUGAAUUGUGCUCAGAAACAUACUGAGAGCCAAUGUAGGUCUUUCAGGACCAGUGUUAUGAGGUCUCGGCAGCCACUCCCAGUCACCAGUCUAGCUGCCGCAUUCUGGAUUAGUUGUAGUUUCUGGAUUCCCUUCAAAGGUAGCCCCACGUAGAGCGCAUUGCAGUAGUCCAAGCGGGAGAUAACUAGAGCAUGCACCACUCUGGUGAGACAGUCCACGGGCACGUAGGGUCUCAUCCUAUGUACCAGAUGGAGCUGGUAAACAGCUGCCCUGGACACAGAACUGACCUGCGCCUCCAUGGACAGAUGUGAGUCCAAAAUGACUCCCAGCUGCGCACCUGGUCCUUCAGGGGCACAGUUACCCCAUUCAGGACCAGGGAGAAGACAAUCCUGGUUAAUAUAUAACAAGAGUUGAAAAUUCCUGCAUCCAGUUCUGGCUUCUUGGAGCUCAUACUGGCAAAGCCUUCCUGGCUUUUCUGCUAAUCUAUCAAUGUGUCUUGGCAGCAUAAAUGGAGCUGGAGGAUAUGUUGUUGUGACAGCCCAUCAGCACACAGCCACAGGGGCCUUUCCAGUCCAGGCCCAGGGACGUAGCUGGGGGGCGUGGGGCACUGGGUGCCACAUCAUGGAGGUGGCACUUGCCACAGGGCACAGCACACCCGAGCCAUGUGUCUCUCCUGGGAGUGAUGCAGUGGCUCGGGCACCAGCAGGCUCUGCUCUGCCCAAAAAAUCAACACAGGCCUGCAGGGUACCAGAGUGGAACAUGGCUAGGGCACUGGGAUACUGGCAUGCCCUGCCUCACCCUGCAGGCACCUCGCCCCGCCCCCUUUGUGUGGCAUUCACGGGCAGGGCGCUCAUGCCACCCCAGGUGUCCAAGUGGCUAGCUGCGCCACUGCCCAGGCCGAAUCCUGUACUCUUUUAGUUGCUGGGAAGUAGGGCUGAACAAAUGGGUCAUUUUCAGUUUCUCUCAUUUUUCCCAGUCUGGAAUUUAGCUCCCCACAUUUCUGCAGCAAUUUGAGAUUAUUAUUUUUUGCCAAAAACAAAAAUCCCUGCCCUCUUGAAAAUUCACCAAUUUCAGUGUGGCUUUCUCCUAACAGCUGCUGUUUUGACAAAUAUACGCAUUUCUGCAAGCAAGAUCCCCUAAUAUAAUGCAUUUUUGUACAAUACUUUCAUAUCCAUUCAUAGACAUGCUUUACCCUAAUCUAGGCAUUUUUGUACACAUGGCUUGACUGCAUUGCAAAAAUCAGAGCUGUGCGAAUUUUAAAGGUCAGCUGUGCCUCAGUUCAUUGGCUCGUUUGGAAACGGCAAAUUAGGUAGCUUUGCCUUUAAAUGUGAGAUGAAUUGAAUUUCUUCCCCAUCCCUAUGGGGUACUCAAGACGUCUCUCCACUAGUUAGGAAUUCCUGACUCACUGCUUUUGUAGCACACCUUCCUGUGUCUUGGCUGAAUCAGAAAUAUACUUUUACUCUGGCUCACUCUCCUAUGUGUGGUGAAGAGUUGGCGCGCAUCUGCCCCAUUACCACCAAUGUGCCCACCUGGGGAUUGAACCUGGGACCUUCUGCAUUCAAAGCAAGUGUCCUACCACUGAGCUACACCCCUUCGCUGCUGUCAGAGGCCUAGAUCUCAGUGCCAUUUUAAUGCCAGCUUUGCGAACAAGCUCAUGCUUCGCAUGCAUAGUUCCUGGUUCUAUUCCCACCAUCUCACAUUUAAAGGCUCUGGCGAGCAAGUGAUGGGAAAGACUUUCCACCUGUCAAAGUUGGCUUGUCGCAGGUGUGGGCAGGUAAGGAUCCAGCCCACCAGCUGCGUUCAGCAGCCCACCCCAGCCCUAUAUUAAAGAUGCACCCAAGGACCAGCUACUGCAGCCAAGACUUUGCUGCAAUCCUAUCUGGCUUUGCUCACACCUGGCAGUGCUGCUCCCUCUGUAGACCACAGCUAAUGGUUUUCUGGAGAAAGGACCCACAUACAUGAUAAGCUGGUUUUGCUGCGUAUCCCCUGAAGAAUGGGGGCCAGCCAGAAAAUCUGCUGGCAGGAAGCUGCUGGCUGUUUUGCAGUAAACGAUUAAGUGCUUCACUUCUCCCUCUUCACAAAAUCUGGCUCCGAUGGAAACUCUCUCCUGCUGCUUCUGCCCUGCCCAGAGUGUUUUUGUGUGUGUUUUUCUGGAGAAGCCUGUGUGACCCAAACCUCUUGCACCUGGGAGUGCCCCCUUACCAGAUAACACAGCUAACCUAUCUUCUCCAUGUCUUCUUCCAAGUCCCUCCCAAUGACCCCGAGAUCCAGAACGGUCCCAUCGUGCAUGUGAUAUCCAACAUCCCCUACAACUUGUCGUGCCGUGCUGCCGGGGCCAAGCCAGCUGCCGAAAUCAGCUGGUACCGAGAUGGGCAACGCCAGGAGUCUGCCGUGUACUCCAAGGUGAGACUUUGCUGAGCGUUGGAAAGAACUAGACAAGCAGAGGAGGGGGAACAAAAGUAGGACAGCAAGUCUGAGAUCUAUCUGGGUAAGCCUGGCGUAAUGUCCAGCACCCUCCCUUCAUCCAACACAAUCUGGGUUGUCGGGCUGACUUAUCCUUUCAACGACAAGUCGGUCCAUAAUAAAAGCAGGCUCCUCCACAAUUUAAUUGCGGGUGACAGGACUGACCUGGCGCGUAUUACCGAAACCUCAGUGGACAAACUGGGAAGGCCAAAUCUCUCCUAAGCUCUUGGUGGUGCAAAAACACAAGUUGUCACUGUCAUUCAUUGUAACUCCAUCCUUCUCCGUUAUUUCUCCUUUAUUUUUCACCGAGAAACUAAUGUCAGGUUUUAAGUGUUGUUCUGAGAGUUAGGGUUAGGAUUAGGGUCCUGGAGAUUAAACAAUAGCCCCCACUGCCCAAUAAAAAGGUAAAAGGUAAAGGACCCCUGGAUGGUUACGUUCAGUCAAAGGCGACUAUGGGGUAUGGUGCUCAUCUCGCUUUCAGGCUGAGGGAGCCGACAUUUGUCUACAGACAGCUUUCUAGGUCAUGUGGCCAGUAUGACUAAAUGGCUUCUGGCCCAAUGGGACACUGUGACGAGUGCCAGAGCGCAUUAAAACACUGUUUACCUUUCUGCUGCAGCGGUACCUAUUUAUCUACUUGCACUGGCGUGCUUUCGAACUGCUAGGUUGGCAGGAGCUGGGACAGAGCAAUGGGAGCUCACCCCGUCAUGGGUAUUCGAACAGCCAGCCUUCCAAGAGCCCAAGAGGCUCAGUGGUUUAGACCACAGCUCCACCUGCGUCCCUGUUACUGCUCAGUAGCCCCCUGCAUGAGGGGUGCUGGUGAACCCACAGUCGAUUGUGCUUGGGGACUUCAACUGCCACACCAAACCUGCCUUAUCUGGGCUGGCUCAGGACUUUGUGACCAUAUCAAUUAGGGGACUAUCUCAGCAUACCAGGCAUGGGGAGCCUGUGGCCCUCCAGAUGUUCAGUGAAUCAUAGAAUUGUAGAAUUGGGUGGGACCACAAGGGUCAUCUCGUCCAACCCCCUGCAAUGCAAGAAUCUUUCACCCAACGUGGGGCUCAAAGCCACAGCCCCGAGAUUAAGAGUCUACUGCUCUACAAGCAGGGUUGGACUACAGCUCCCAGCAUUCCUUAGCAUUGGUCAUGCCGGCUGAGGCUGGUAGGAGUUGUGGUCCAGUGGCCACUGGAGGGCCACAGAUUCCUCAGUCCAGCUUCCUCAGUUAAGCCACCACCACUUUGAAUCGUGCUCAGGAACAGACCAAAGCCCAGCAAAGUUAUUUCAAUAUAGGCGAGACGCAUUGUACAGCAGCAAGCUUGGCUCCAACACUCAGUGUACAUUUGAACAAGAAGACACGACCAAUCCCGGCAUUCUAUGAAAUGUACCUGAUGAUAUACAAGCUUUCAACCACUGGUUGUUGUAUUCACACCUUCACAAAUAGUAAUGUUAGACCUGCCUUCCCUGAGGGAAGGAAGAAGCAAGGGAGCCUAGGCCACAAAGCACACAUGCCACCAGCUCCCCAUUGGCCAGAGAGGACUCUGUUGCUCUACAUUUGAUAUAUAAUGGAUUCAUUUUAGGGUUUUAAAAUGGUAAAUCUCCUUGGGCGCCUUGGCGGACAGGCAGUAUACAAAUCCAGUAAAUGAAUACUAGAUGCAGGCUGGGGGAAAAAGAAGAGAGAGAGAGAGAGAGAGAGAGAGAGUGUAGAGGCCCUGUCUCCAGAGAGCGGCUAUCCAAGGAAAUAUUCAACAUGGAAACCCUUCUCCUUCCUCUCCUGCAGGCCCUCAUGGACGACGGCAAGCGAGAAGUGGCUGUCAGCACCCUCCUCUUGACCCCCAGCAGCAGGGACAUGGGCAGCUCGUUCACCUGCCGAGUCAGCAACCCAGCAGCCCCAGCCGGCAAGCAGACCACGGUCACCCUCAAUGUGCAAUGUGAGCCCACAGGGCAUGGGCCUGUCAGGAAGGGGUGGGACUCUCUGACAGCGCAGAAGUUCCUGGGUUCAAUCUCCCGGCACCUUCAGUUGUGGCUGGGCGUUUUCCCUGCCUGGAGAGGUGCUGCCAGUCAGUGUAGGCAAUUCUGAGCUGGUGGUCUGAUUCAGUAUGAGGGAGGCAGCUUCCUAUGUGGAAGGAGAGCUGGGAAGGGAGGAAACGGAACUGUUUCCGUUGGCAGGGUGGCUUUGUGGUGCAAUAAACGUGGCCACAUUCACACUGUAAAUUAACGCUACGGUGCCAUUUUAAACAACCACGUCUUUCCCCAAGGAAUCCUGGGAAAUGUGGUUUUUUUAAGGUGCUGAGAGUUGUCAAAAGAGAUUCUAAUUCCCCUCACAGAGCUACAGUUCCCAGAGGGGUUGAACAGUCAACCCCCUUCCCCAGGGAACACUCUGAAUUGUGUGUAGUUCUGUGAGGGGAAUAGGGGCCUGCUGACAACUUUCAGCAUCGUUGAUAAAGUACGGUUUAAAGUGCUGUGAUACCGCUUUAAAUGCAUAGCCCAGAUGGGGCCUAGGUCACUGUGGGGUGGCCCAAAUGAAAUAAGAGCUUGGAGCCGCCCCUAGAGUCCUUAUGUCCUGCAGAAGCAGUGCUCUUGGUACCUUGCUGUGGCUUGGGGCUUCUGAAAGCAUGGAAACCUGGAGGAGCAAGCUAUGUGGAAUCCUAGCUACCUGCCUUGGCAGCAGCCUAACUGACUGUACCCAGGUGGAACAGCUAAUAGACACCACAUAGGUUGAUAAUAAGGGUGCUAAGCUGAUGCAGCGAUGGAUAGUAAAAGACCCAAGCUGAUGCUGCCUAUAGGCACAAACUUUGGUACCCAUUUCUCAGUUGGGAUAAAGGCCUCGGGGAGAAAUAAGGCAUAAACCUUACUUUUUGGGGAUCCCUUAGCCAGGUCACUGGGGCCUUUACACUAAAGGAAAUAAAUGUUCAGGAUUUUCAUCAGUUCCUCUCCCUCCAUCUUGCAGAUCCACCGGUUGUCAUGCUCUCGGUGCAGCCACAAACUGUGGCCGAGGGUGGCAAAGUGAGCUUCCUCUGCACGGCCACCUCCAACCCCGAAGUGACAGGCUACAGGUAAGGGCUAGAAAGAGCAGGCAGCCUGCCCAUCAGAAUCAUGCAGUGGCAAUGGUGUGACUGGGAUGCCCUCUAAUGGCAACACUGGAGAUGGCAUGCUCGUUGACGCUUGCCGGUUAGCAAGACAGCAAAGUGUAUUUGCUUUCUUUUGCUGUGGUUCUUGCCCCUUCCUCGUGUUUCAAAGGAAGAGAAGAGCCCGGGGGAAUCAGGCCAGAGGUCCAUCUAGUCCAGCAUCCAGUUUCCUUCAGUGGCCAGCCAGAUGCCUUCUGGAAGCCCAAAUGCAGGACGUGAGAGCAAUUUGGCCCUCUGUCGCCUUCUUAGGCACUGGCAUUACUGCAUAGCCAUCAUGACUAGUACCCACUGACAGCCUGACCCUCCAAGCAUCUGCCUAAUCCCCCUUUUAAACCUCCUAAGUUGGUUGCCAUCUCCAAAUCUUGUGGCGGAGAGUUCCACAGUUCGACUCUGCCCUGUGUGAGGAAGUCGUUUCCUUUUGUCCAUUCUGAAUCUCCCACCUUUCCACUUCAUUGGAUGGGCCCCGGGGAGGGAGAGGAACUUCGGUUCACUUUCCCCACACAGCGCAUGAUUUUAUAUAUCUCUCUCAAGUCCCCACACCCUCCUUAUUCACCUGCUUUCUAAAUAAAAUAUUCCCCAGCAUUGUAUGGCAUUCCACACAGGGCAGGAGAGGGGGAUAUUUUUUUGGUCCUUUGGGUCAGAGAUCUUCCCUUCCUACAAUGGGCCAACUUUGAUGGGUAGGCUGAACCAACCACCUGACAUCGUAUUGACUUUGGGUGAUUGACAAGUGGGUUGUCACACCCAGCUGUCCAAGCUGACCCACCGAGAUGAGCAGAGAUCCUGCACAAAGCAGAAGUGAACUCUCCACACAUCAGGGGGCUCAAUCCUGCUUUGUGCAGGGUUCAGGUACUGGGAACUGGCUGGUGCACCUGAGGUAAGCAAGAUUGAACUCCCCAUGUGUCAGCAGGUGUGUGGGGAGUUCAAUCCUGCUCUCUGAAGCUGCAUCCCCACCUGCCCUGCACCUGGUGUCACAUAUGAUGGGCAUAGUUUUAAGGGGGAAAUGGCCUUGUGGCCCAAAAUGGGGAGGCCUUGCGACCCACAUCUGGCCCAUGAGCCGGAAUGUCCCUGGCCCUGACGUAGGGGAACCUUUCUUCAUAAAGGAUCCCUUGUGCCAAUCUCUCCUAUGACCACACAUCUCUUCGCAGGUGGGCGAAAGGAGGUGUGCCUAUUCCGGAGGCCAAUGGCGACAGCUACGAGGCAACGGUUGACCAGUCCUUCUUCACAGAGCCUGUGUCGUGUGAGGUGUCCAACGCUGUGGGCAGCACCAAUGUCAGCACGCUGGUGGAUGUGCAUUGUAAGUAACAGAUGCGGCUCCAGAUCCCAAGAUGGGGGGGGAGCGUAGCUCGGUGGCAGAGAACACACUUGGCACCCAGAAGAUCCCAGGGUCAGCCCCCGCCAUCUUCCCUUAAAAGAAUCAAGAAGUAGAGCAAUGGGAAAGACCCCUCUAGGAGACCUGAGAAUGCCAGAGAAAGUCCAAGUGAAAAACACUGAGCAGGGUGGAUAAAUUGCCAGACUCUGGGGUCACCAGUGUGACAACUGCAAGUGCCCACCAGUAUCUCCUAAGUCUCAGUCAAUACACCCUCAAAAAUCCACAAUGUGUAAAAGACAUUUACUCUUCCUGCUCCGUUCCUGCUUGAACUUGCUUGGCCGCUCCGACAUGGCCUUCACAGCAGCCAUUUUGUGUCACAAUGCCACAUGCACACCGGCAGCCAUUUUGCUCCCACGGCACUUUCUCAAAGGCCAAAGCGUGCCCACUGUCCCAAGAAAAUUGGUGACCCCCGGCCUGGCCUUGUGGAAGGCAGCUUUCAAUGUGCCUAAAAUGGAGUUUGACAGAGGGUCUCCCAAGGUUUACUCUGCUUAUGGGUAAUGUAAUUAGGGUAUGUAAUUGUGAUAAGUUCAGAUAAUGGACUAGCAGGCUCUCACCUCAAGACAGUCCCUUGCCAUCCUGUUUUGCCCAACUGGUGUUUGGCUAGUGUAGGUCAUGACAGGAAUCCUUGGAAUUACAUUCAGGAUGGAUGAACAACCUCUGUUUGCCUUGGAAAUGAUGAAGAGGUGCGUUGCAAGCAAUCACUUUUGAGUGCUCUCACAAAUAUUGGAAUGUUUUUUGAGUACUUGGAAAUAUUACGGGUGGUCAGUGUGGAACAACUAUUAAUCCCACCUCUCUCUGCUCCAGCAAAAAGCCUUGUUCCAGCAAAAACAGAUGCUCUAGUGGGAGGGGAUAGCCCACUUUGCAAGGGGUUAAGCUUUUGCACACAUACACACAGACAGCAACCGUUAUUUUGUGAUCAGCCCUGCUGGAAGUGCCCCUAUGCAAGCUAUUGGAGACAUCAUUUCCUUCAGUUUGCAAAUAGGUCCUUUGAUGGACUUGACCUUGGCUCAGAGUGUGACAACCCUGCUCAGAAUGGGUUGUGUCUGCUCCAGCCCUGUUCACAAAAAUUCAAGCAGGGAUGCUCAUAGAUUAGUCAGACACUAGCUCUAAAUUUUCACCCCAACCCUAAUUUACAAGGUCAAUGUGCUUCUUAUACCCUCUUGCCAUGAUUCUUACAAAACCUCCAGAAGGUAGCUACUUCCAGUAUCUUCCAGUAUCAAUACUUCCAGUAUCGUUAUUCCCAUAUUGCAGAUAGGGAGACUGAGGCUGAAGGUCAGCCGCUCCAUUCAACUAACUCUUGGCAACCCCUUUCUUUCUGUCUGCAGUCGGACCCCGCCUCGUCUCUCAGCCAAAGCCCCUGACGGUUGACAUUGGUGCAGACGCCUCUUUCACCUGUACCUGGACUGGGAAUCCGCCUCUCACCCUGGCCUGGACCAAGAAAGGGUCUAGUGUGGUAAGUGCAGCAUCAGCCCCCUGUUCACAUUUUUAUUAUAACAACAACGAGAAACAAAUAUGAAAUAGAAAGAGUCUAAUACGGCGAGUGAUUUACACCAGGAGCCCAUGCACUCUGAACUUGCUUGCAACUUUCAAAUCAUGCCAAUUUCCACCCCCUUUUUUCCCCAAAUGUUGGAAGUUAAAAAAAUAAAUAGCUCUGGGAUUGUAAUUUGCAAAUUACACAAAUUUUGGAAGAAGAAAAGAAAUAGAUCUCGGAGGCCCACCUGCCACUGCUUCACUUGUCUAUAAACACAGAAGGCAAGAGAGUGAAGGAUGCCCCGCCCACUUUGCCUCUGGCCCCGCCCAUCGCCAGCAUGCAGCCCCCAACAAAUUACCCGCAGGGACUGGGGUCAGGAGAGAGACUCCCCACCCCUGCUGGAAAGAUUCCUUUGGUCCUAAGAGAGCCAAGACCAGAACUCCUUGUACCAACAGGUACUGAGCAACGGCAACACUUUGCAUCUCAAGGCGGUGACGCAGGAAGACGCCGGCGUUUAUGUGUGCAAAGCCAUUGUGCCGCGCAUUGGAGUGGCGGAGAAGGAGGUGACCCUGGCUGUGAACGGUGAGGGGCCUGGCCUUGCGUCGGGACUGGGUGCCGGGUGUGGCAAGACUGUUAAAGGGAGCAGAGUAAAGCAAAGAUGGGAUAGGAUUGCAGCUUGCCUUGCCUGGGGACCAUAAGAAGCUGGCUUAGCUUAGACCAUUGUCCUUCUUGUUCCUACCUGGAAAAGUCAGAGAUGGAACCAUGGAUCUUCCUGCUCUGCGUGCAUGGCAGAUGCUUUACCAUUGAGCUGUAUGCCCUGCUUUCCUGGGAAAGAUAGGAGGGAGCCUUGAUGAAAUCUGCAAGCCUCUACACCUGAGACACUCCCUUUUUAACCAAAUCAUAGCCAGCUCCUGUAGCCUUCUAAAACAGCAACUAAGGGAUGGGGAGGGGAGAAAGGGCCUCUUCUGUUUUGAACACUGCCCUGAUUGUGUCCUUCUUUCCAGGUCCGCCCAUUAUCAGCGCAGAACCAAGCCAGCAGACUGCGGUGGGGACCAAGGCACGGCUGGAGUGCUUAGUGGGGAGCGUUCCACCUCCCGAUAGGAUAGUAAGUGCUUCAGUCUGCUAGCCUUUCCAGACCUGCUGUUCCUUGUCCCUUAACCUGUGUGUACAUCAGUAUACCUGAAGGAGCAUCUCCACCCCAAUCGUUCAGCCCAGACACUGAGGUCCAGCUCCAAGGGCCUUCUGGUGGCUCUCUCACUGCGACAAGUGAAGCCACAGGGAACCCAGCAGAGGGCCUUUUUGGUAGUGGCACCUGCCCCGUGGAACGCCCUCCCAUCAGAUGUCAAGGAAAUAAACAACUACAGUGGUACCUCAGGUUAAGUACUUAAUUCGUUCCGGAGGUCCGUUCUUCUCCUGAAGCACCACUUUAGCUAAUGGGGCCUCCUGCUGCCGCUGCGCCGCCGGAGCACGAUUUCUGUUCUCAUCCUGAAGCAAAGUUCUUAACCUGAAGCACUAUUUCUGGGUUAGCGGAGUCUGUAACCUGAAGCGUAUGUAAGCUGAGGUACCGCUGUAUCUGACUUUUAGAAGACAUCUGAAGGCAGCCCUGUUUAGGGAAGUUUUUAAUGUCUGAUGUUUUAUCAUUUUUUAAAAUAUUAUUAUUAUCAUUAAUUCUGUUCCCCAGAGUGGCUGGGGAAACCCGGCCAGAUGGGCGCAUUAUAAAUAAUGAAUUAUUAUUAUAAAUUAUUAUAGUAGCACUUUGCAAGCUCAGGAAUUCAGCAUUCUGGAAGUCUCAACUUUUAAAUCAAGAGUACGCAGGUUUCUAGCCCUCUGGAAGUACAUAAUAUUACACAGGCACAGCGGUUAUUGGAUAGCUGUUCUUAAAACAUAUGUGCAAUUUUUCCUGCCCAUCUUGGGGCAAGCUCUGGCAGCUUUCACUAUAGUUUCAAGUUGAAUUUCACUAUUUCUUUAUUAUACAAGUAUUUUUACCCUGCCUUUCAGCUGGAAAAAGGGGGAGGGAAGUGAUGGUCAGGACUGCUUAUAACAAAUUUGACACGAGCGCAUUAUAAAAAUGAAAACACAUCAAAUCAGGGGUGAGCUGCCGCAGACAAAGCUGCAGUUAAAAAUAAGGAUUCGUUCAAUGAGCUCUUCAGCUCGUGCUCUACAAUGGAGUUAUGGUCGUUCCCCAACCGAAACUACUUGCGAUAUCCCAUAUGAGUUUAUUCUGCAGCUUCAGGGUUGCUCUGAGCUGAGACACAUUCUGAGCAGGCUCUCCAUCGGAGGGUGUGGGGCUCCGCCAGACACAGCACUGCCCUUUGCCCCCUUCAGCAGUGGCAGAAUGAAUUGUGCAAAAUAAGCAGCUCAGUGUGCAAAAGUUGCUUAAUCUGCAGGAUUUAUAUGGGUCACUGAAUUCAGCGUUUCUUGGCCCAGAAUCCCAAUGUUCCUAUCCCAAAGCACACAGCGUUCUGGCCUUUUAAUUUCUCCUUGACCAACUAGAGGAGAUCCAUGGGAUUUUUUAUUUUUGCUUUUUGUCCAGUUCAGAUUAGAGUUGCAGGGCUUUGUGGGGAACUUUGGGGCUUCCAGUUGUUGCUGAACUGCAACUCCCAUCAUCCCUGGCUAUUGACCAUGCCUACUGGGGCUGAUGGGAGUUAUAGUUCAGGAACGUCUGGAGGACCAAAGGUUCCCCACAAUUGGGGUUAACCUUUGCCCCUCUGUGCUGUUGUUGUUUUUUCUGGCAGAAAUCUCCCUCCACCUGCUAAAAAACAACAACCUACUAGCUAAUGAGUCAAAACAUAGAUGCCGUGAUUGCUCUCGGGCAAAUGGCUUAAGGGGAGGGGUGCGGUGUUCACCUGAGAGAACAGCGCGGAGGGGGAAGGGUUAAACCCCCUCCUCCAGUCCCAGCCUGAAUCAGGAUCCCAUAUGUGUUUCCACCUGCCUCCAGAUGGCAGAUUGCCACCCCCACCCAAUCCCAGAUCAAAGGUUUUUGAGAGGCUGGUGGGUUUUUAGAAAAGGGGGAGUGGGGAACCCUGCAUUCUUGAAAGUCAGUGAAUGAUACAACUUGGAUACACCAAGCAGAGCAAAGGUUUAUUGACUUUGUUCCCACCACGCCGAGAAAUCCUCAGAGGGCCUAGCGCUCCCCUUGCAGCUUUAAAUCACUACGCAAGGUGCCUAUUAACAUCUGGAGAGCUAUUUGUGGGUCGUGACUGACUGUGCAGUUCUGGUGAUUUCCCAGCCCCCUUCUACGCGAGAGGCAGAGAUCAAACAGAUCUGCAGCAGCCUGGACAAAAUAAGCAGAUUUUUGUGUGUGGUCUAUUUUUCUACAUUUCACACAAGAAUUUUUCUAUGUUGCGCACAAGAAUCUGAAAGAUUCUUGCAUGGUGAUUUUGGUGCACCAUGAGUUGUUAGUUUAUGUUUUGUUUUGUUUUUGUACGGUGCAAACGAUCCCAUUUUUUCCAUAGUGGUUUUUUAUGUUGUUUUUUGCACGAUGCACGUGAUCAGCCAGCCACAAGGUGGAGGAAAUGCCACAUGGAGUUGUGUUUCUAAAGAGUGUGCAUGUGACAACUGUCACACAUGCACUGGCUCUGGGUCAAAACCCUCUUAGCACACUUGAGUUUCCCAUCUGCCUACCAAUGGCAUAAGGAUACAUUCCAAAGUGCAGGAGCUCUCCAUGACAACCACCAUUGCCAUGACCUUUCUAAGGUGUACAGCAAAUAAUGAAUACAUGACAAAUGCAAACAGUAUAGCCACAAGCCAGCUCUUUUAGCACACCCACCCUCCUGUUUUGCUUAGCAUCCAGCCUGGUAAAGUCUUCUGGCAGACUCAAAAGCUUGCUCACUAGUUUGUGACAUUUUGGCUGAGCAUAAUGGGGAAUUUUGCAAAAUAAAAGGGUAGCCGUUUGACCCGUCGCCUUGCAAGCUGAUGUAACCUCCCUCUCCCUCUGCUCGGCUUAUUUGGUGGAUAUCUCUCUUGCUUAUUUGGCAUGCAGAGUGUUUGCAGGUAGCUCUCCUGCAGGUGACCCCAUUCUCCCUUAGGUCCAGGUGUUGCGCCCCUGCCCACCUCUGUCCCAAUGCCCCACUGCUGUUCCAUAGCUGUCAAGCGUCCCUUAUUUGGUGGGACAGUCCCUUAUCCCAGCGCCAUGUCCCGCUGCUGUCCCUUAUUGAUGAUGUCCCUUAAAUAAGCUACUGGAGGUAAUGGGGACCUUUCUAUGUCCAGCUGUCCUUUGUCAACAACAAAUUGUUGCUGUUUUUUUGUGUUGAAUAUAUGCUAUAUGGUAACUUAUGGACCUAAUAGGUAUCUAAAGCCAUUUGCACCCAACAAAAUAUGUAUUUUAUCAAAGUAUUUAUUGAUCCCUUAUUUUGGCUGCUGAUCCCUUAUUUUCGAGGCUGCUGAUCCCUUAUUUUCAAAUCUGUAAGUUGACAGCUAUGUGUUGUUCAUAGCCUUGAUCUCUCCCUUUCCCCUUGUCGCAGGCCUGGGCAUGGGGCGAACGGGUGCUGGAUGCUGGAUCGCUGGAUCGCUUCACUGUGGACACAGUGGUGACGGACCAAGGGGUACUCUCGGCCUUGCUGAUCGACCCAACCCACGACUCCGACUUUGCCCUGCCCUACAACUGCACGGCCUGGAACCGCUUUGGUGCCCGCUCUGCUGCAGUCAGCUUGCGCCGCCAAGGUGAGGCUCCCAUCUUUGGCCAGGAAGCCUGGGGUGUGGAGGGAAGACCUGCAGCCCUCCAGAUGCUGGCAGACUCAAAAUCCCAUCAGCCACAGCCAUUUAUAUUCCUCCAGGUUCUUUGGACCUUAAUUUCUGCUUAUCUUUUAAUGGGGGUAGGAUUCCAUUGCAUUUGCUUUUUUUAUACAUACUAUAGGUGAGGACCUUAGGUUGUUUUUCCUCUUGUCCUUCCACUUAUUUUUAACAUUUGCUUCUCCAAGUUGCUUUGAGCUCACCUUUCUGGAAAAAGUGAUGAUAUGAUGAUGAUCAUUAUUUCCCACAAUGCCCCUAGCAUGGCACUGCCCAGAGUAUAUCAGACUAGAAAAAUAAUAUUGUGGGGAAUCCCAGAGCAGGCAGUAUGGGUGAGCCCUUAGAAGCUGCCUGAGGAUGCGAAGUGCUGACCCAGGCCCUCCCCCUACUGGGCCGCCUAGUGUCAAAUUCAGAGCAGGGAGAUCGGAGUUCAAAUCAUAGCCACAAACCUCCUGUGGGCAAAUCGCUAUCUCUCAGCAGCCACAGAGUAGUUGCAGUGACAAUAUGGGAUAAUAAACCCUUGUAAAUUGCUCUGAAUUUCUUCAAGAGAGAGCAAGGCUACCUAAUACGACAAAUAAAAAGUGCGUGUGUGCGCGCACGCGUGUGUAAAUAACCCAUCUUAUUCCCAUCAGAAGUCCUGUCCGUCCUAAUUUUGGGUGCUUUGGCUGCCUCCGGCGUUGCUGCUCUCCUCCUCCUGGUGGUCUUCUUCUCUCUCUGCUACCGGCGCAAGCGCUGUGGGAAAGGUGAGGAUCCCCGCAGCCCCCUCUCACCCCCAUUGCUUUGUAGGUUGUUCCAGACUUGAAGUGCACCUGGAGGACUAAAGAAAGCCUGAGGAGCCUGCAUUGUGUUUGAAGGAGGUGACACGAGCCGGAAUAGCACAGCAGGGAAGAGAAGGGAGGCUGGGAGGUCAAGUCCCAGCAGGAGGCAUUCUGUCAUUACUGGAGAGGAGGGACCAUUGCUCAGCACACCUGCUCAGAGCACAUGCCUCACCUGGAGAAACUUCUUUCUCCAGUGUCUCCCAGUUCAAAAGGGGCUCCAAGUCCUGUGUUUGGAGAUCUGGCACUGCCAAGCAGAGUGAGCAAGACCGUACCAGAUGAUGAUAGAUAGAUGAUAGAUAGAUAGAUAGAUUGAUAGAUAGAUAGAUAGAUAGAUAGAUAGACAGAUAACAAGCAAUUCAGUAACAUUUCAAGUUUAACAACCAAUCACUCCACCUACGACUUCCCCUCUCUCCCUCCAUAGUUCUCCCAUAAUUUCAAUUUAUGUUGCAUAUUAUAGUUACUCUAUACCUUCACCUUAUCACAGAAUUAAAACAGAAAGGUCGCCCCCACACACACUGCUGUUCUUACUCAAAUCCUAUCUGCAUGGGCAUCUAGGAGCACAUGCUGGAAAAUGUUAAAUUUGUGCCACUAAACAGUAGAUUAAAGGGCUCUGAUGCCCUAGCGUGACAAAUCCACUUUUUUUAAAAAAAAAGAAAAAAACAGACUAACUGCAGUUCAGAAACAGGUUCAGGACAGGUUUGGGGCAGGAUUCUCUCCCAGCCCUACCUUGAGGUGCUUGGGAUUGAACCUGGAAUCUCCUGCAGUGUUGCACCACUCAGCCAUGCUGCCCUGUAUAAAGGAGCAGACAUUUAAGGAAGCACAAUAGGGCCUAAGGUAUCUCCUCCUGUGAUACCUUCAUGUGUGCGUCCAUCCAAAAGCUCAAGUUCUAUGACACAAGGAAGGUCAUCUUUGUGUGGAGCUGCAGGCAAGGAAGGCCGAAUUCAUGCCUGUAUCUGUCACUCUGCCUUUUCUGCAGCCAAGCGGGGAACGCAGCUCUCCAAGGCAGACAUCCUGGUACAGAUCACGACCAGUGAGAGCAGCCCCAGCCGGCCGAGCGAGACCGAAGACGAUGCCAAGGAGCCCAUGGUGAGUAGAGCCGGUGUCCUGAUGCGCUGCCCAAAGACUCGAAAGGUACUUAAUAUACAUGAAAGCACUCUCUGGAGGUCCUCUCUUGCAAGCCUAUGGAGCAGGGGUGUGGAGCCCCUCACCCUCCAGAUGUUCUGGGACUCCAAGGGUUGUUGCCAACUAAGUUCUAAUCAGAGUAGACCCAUUUAAAUUCAUGGGCCAAAGCUAGUCAUGUUAAUUUAUUGCAAUGGGUCCCACCAAAUGGGACUGUGCAACUCCUCAGCCCCACCCAACACAGCCAGUUGGGACCAGAGAUGAUGGAAGUUAUCAUUGAGGUUGAAUCCUGACAAGACAGAAGUACUGUUUGGGGGGGCAGAUGUGGGGGGCUCCCUAGUCCUGAAUGAGGUAACUGUGCCUCUGACCCACAGCUAUCCAUGGAGGUGCAGGUCAACUCUGUGUCCAGGGCAGCUGUCAACCAGCUCCAUCUGUCUACCAGCUCCAUCUCAGCCUCCAUACACAGGCUGAGACCCUACCUGCCUGCAGACUGUAUCGCCAGAGUGGUGCAUGCUCUGGUUAUCUCCCGCUUGGACUACUGCAAUGCACUCUACAUGGGGCUACCUUUGAAGGUGACCUGGAAACUACAAUUAAUCCAGAAUGCGGCAGCUAGACUGGUGACUGGGAGUGGCCGCUGAGACCAUUUAAUGCCGGUCCUGAAAGACCUACAUUGGUUCCCAGUAUGUUUCUGAGCACAAUUCAAAGUGUUGGUGCCGACCUUUAAAGCCCUAAACAGCCUUGGCCCAGUAUACCUGAAGGAGCGUCUCCACCCCCAUCAUUCAGCCCGGACACAGAGGUCCAGCGCCAAGGGCCUUCUGGUGGUUGCCUCGCUGCAAGAAGUGAGGUUACAGGGAACCAGGCAGAGGGCCUUCUCAGUAGUGGUGCCCACCCUGUGGAACGCUCUCCCAUCAGAUGUCAAGGAAAUAAACAACUAUCUGACUUUUGAAAGACAUCUGAAGGCAGCCCUGUUUAGGGAAGUGCUAAAUGUUUAAUGCUGUAGUGUGUUUUUAACAUUCGGUUGGGAGCUGUCCAGAGUGGCUGGGGAAACCCAGCCAGAUGGGUGGGGUAUAAAUAAUAAAUUAUUAUUACUAUUACUACUACUUCAAAGCACAAAGCACACAGCCUGCUAAGAAUACAAGUAGAGCCCUUCCAGAGUCCAGCAUCCCUUUCCCACUAGUGGGCAAGCAGAUGUUUCCGGAAAACCCACAAGCCUCCAGUAUUCAAAAGUGCAAGUGGGGCAUACAAUAAAAUGUUGCAGGGUGGAGUGCUGGGAUAGCUUAGUCAUUAGAGCAUGAGACUCUUAAUCUCUGGGUCAUGGGUUUGAGCACCAAGGUGGGCAAAAGAUUCCUACAUUGUAGGGGGUUGGACUAGAUGACCCUUGUGGUCCCCUCCAGUUCUACAAGUCUACAAUUCUGUGCUCUUCAGGGUGUCUGGCCUGCCAGCCAUGCACUUCCCCAAUAUAUCCCAUUCCCCCUACCAACCUGGUUUUCCAUUUUUCUCCCCACUCCAUUAGUUAGCAAAGUCUGGGCCCUCUUUUUUAAUGCUCAGUCUUCAUUGGGUUGUUAGAGGGUUUCGCCGACCUACAAGAACUGGCACCCAGGUAUACAUAGGCUGCGACAUGGCCUCUGAACAUGGAGGCUACAUUGCUCCUGUCAUGGUACCAAUUUGUUCUACCCGCCAUGAAUUUUUGCCUAACUCUUCUAAAAGGCCAUUUAAGCUAGCAGCCAUCCUUGCAUACUGAUAAUUAACCAAGACUUGAGCACUGCAAUGCGCUCUUUGUGGGGCUACCCUUGUGUCUGGUCUGGAACCUCCAGCUGGUGCAAAAUGCGGCAACUAGACCAUUGAUUGGGACAGGCUACCUACCACCAGCACAUGCUUCAAGCUUAUACUGGCUGCCCAUGUGUUACUGGGACAAGUUCAGGGUCCCUGUAUUAAUUUGCAAGGCCCUUAACAACUUGGGUCAAGGCUAUCUUAAGGACUGAUCCUUUAUAUCCUGGCCUGACCACUGAGAUCCUUCGGGGAGUCUCUGUUGGGGUCCCCCAUAACUUAACUACUAGAAGCCCUGAAUUCAGUGUUGAGGGCCCAAGUCCAUUAUAUAACAAUGCUCAUAUUACUUAUAACUCCCACGGGCACCUUUCUUGCACUUCACACACGUGACAAAAGACUUCCUUGUUUCAGCAGGCAUGUUGGAGUAGGGAUUGGCUUUAUGGCAAACUUUAAUGUUUUGUUGUCCCAUUUUCUAUGGAUUGUUUUUAAGCACACGGCACUUAGAAACGCAAACAAUGACUUAAAUAAAUAAAUGUGCCAUGUCUAUUAAUUUCAGCAGUCUAAACCAGUGAUUGCCAACCUUGGGUCUCCAGCUGUUGCUGGACUACAGCUCCCAUGAUCCCUAGCUAGCAGGAUGGUCAGGGAUGAGGGGAACUGUAGUCCAAAAACAACUGAGAAACGCUGGUUUAAACCAUCCAUUGUGUCCUUGAUCAAUUUCAUCAGGCGCCCAUGCCCAGGUUCUAGUAGGAUGAGAGAGAAGAUCUCUCUCCACCCUUUCCAUACCAUUCAAAACUCAGUAAUAAUUUGUCUUCCCCCAGCCCCUCCUCCCUUAGACUGGUCACUGAUAGGACAGGAGGGUUUGGGCUGGUAGCCAGAGGUGGGGGUCUUCCCUUGAGCUUAAAACAAUGUACUUCUGCCAGCCUCAUUGUUUCUCUGAGCCUGCAGAUUAUGCCUCUGAAAUUAGGCCUGUGAGGGAAUGGCCCUCACAGCCUGAAUGAUAAAGAGAAGACAAGAGGAGGUGCUGUCAUGGAUCUCCACUGUCUUGCCUCGCCUGGUCCUAAGGGACCUAAAGAACUCAAGCCAGGACAAGGAGGGCAUUUUAUAUAGGCUGCUCAUCUUUCCCCCUUCAUCUCCCUCCAGGCCACAAGCAGUGAGUCUCCAGCUACAUCCCACACUGAGCACAGUGAGAUCCUGGAGGAUGACGAAGGGAGCCAAGAGCUGAAGGUGAGCUCAGCUGGGACUUUGGGAGGCUGACCGCUCUGCCUACCGUACAAGAGCCCUACAUCAGGGUUGGCCAGCCAGUGGCUUCCAGAUGUUCUUGGCUCCAUCUCCCAUCAUCAUCCCUGACUCUUGGCCAGGCUGGAAGGGGCUGAUAACAUCUGGAGUCCAAACAUCUGGAGGGCCACAGGUUCACCACCACUGCCCUAAGUAUACCUUUCUGAACCUCUCGAAGACCAAAGAGUCACACGAACAUUUAAAAAUGCCUUCCUAAUCCAUACCAAAAGCUUGUCCCAUUUUCUAGCUAUCUGUCUCCUCCAAUAAGGGCAUGGGAGUAAUAGCCAUACAAAAAAUGUUUAAUCAUUUAAAAUACUUCUUCACCACCACCAAAGAUUUCAAAACAUAAAUACAACAUAAAAACCAACAAAUAAACAAUAGAUUCUUAAAUAAACAAAUAAAAUAUUGUUAUAUUCAGCCAAGCAGAGGCAGGUGAAAACCGUUUUUAAAAGAAGUGAGAAACGAAGUAAGGCAAAAUUCCACCUAAAAUGUCACCUAAAAUGCAUAGGACUUGACAAGAUUGUAAUAUGGGCACCAAAUGUGCCUAUUUGGAGAGGGCAUUCCAGAGUGUGGGUGCCACUGCAGAAAAGGCCCUCUUCUUUUUUGUAAAUACAUAAGGCAGCUCAGUUAAAGCCAGGUCCCAGUAGUUGAAAUUUAGCUCCCCAGCUGUAGAAAGGGACAGAGAAGUAGCUCUCUUGGGUGCUAUGGUUAAGCAACAAAAUCACAUCAAUGAUUAUUAUGAUUAUUUGUCAUAAUUGUAAAUGGCCCUUCCCCCAAAAGAACCCCUGGGCAAUGUACAAAAAAGGAUAAAUGAAAGAACUGCACCAAUGAUUUUAAAAACAUAGUUAAAAUUUGGUGGCAAAACCCAGUUAAAAAACCAGUCACUUGACAAUUGGCAGUAAUCCUAAAUUGGUAGUAUACAGUCGUACCUUGGAUCUCAAACAUCUUGGCUCCCAAACAAAUCGGCUCCUGAACGAUCAAAAUCCAGAAGUGAGUUUUCCAGUUUUCAAACAAUUUUCAGAAGAUGAACAUCCAGCAUGGCUUCCGCGGCUCUGGGAAUUUUUAAGCCACUCUGGGAAUUUUUAGCUAUCUGAAGAAUCUCCAAACCACUCUUAACACCCUUAACAAACCGCAGUUCCCAGGAUUCUUUGGGGGAAACCAUGACUGCUAAAAGGGGUCUAACUGUGCUUGGAAGUGGCCAGAGGUGGUUUCAGCCUGGGUCUCCUAAGUUCCAACCACUACGCCUCACUGUCAAUUCUCUCUCAGAUUCUUUGCAUAUAAUUAUUAUUACAUUUUCUGUUUUACCAUUGAAAAUACUCAUUUUACAUCCUUAAGAUAUCAAUGACUUCCCUUCUUCUCUUUCCAUAGUUCAUUUUGCAUAUCAUAAAUCCCUGUACAUUUUACAAAAGCAAUGCCAUUCAGUAUUCCAUUAUUGCAUCCAUCAAAACUUAUUUACCCUGUUGAAUUUAUCUUAAUGCUGCCAGCGUUUUCAGCUGUACACAAUUCUUUCCCAUAUAUUCAGAUUCUUUGGGGCACAUCCUGACAUUUGCUUCACUGGCAUUCCAAUACAGAUAUAUAUUUUUUCUUCCAUAGGAUCCCACCAAUGGCUACUACAAGGUGCGCGCCCAUGAGGAACCAAGUUUGGUUAGCAGCUUCUCGGAGUACACGCCGGCCCCCCGCCCAUUGUUCGGGGCGACCUCUCUGUACCCUUCCACGGGGCCGGUUCAGCCCAAGCUGUACGAAUACGCUCACCGCUAUACCCUGGGCACGCCUGGCUCCCGCUCAGCCUACGACCCCCAUGAGCGUCUUUUCCCCCAGGAGAACAUCUACAGUGGGACGGCCUACCUCACUGCACCCUAUAGCCGGGCCUUCACCAGCUACGUCAAACCGAGCAGCUACGAGAAAGCGGAGAGCGGCUACGGGCAGUCGGACCAGGCCAGCAAAGUCUCGGGUUGCUCUCGCUUCUCCUACACGUCCUUGUCCCAACAGUCUGACUAUGGGCGCCCUGCUCACCAGCGCAUGCAGACCCACGUAUGACUCGUGCCCAUCCCCUGCCAAAUGCCAGUCACCUCCGGAGAAAGAGAAAAGGGAACGGACUCCGCUCACUUGUGGCUAACGGACUCAGAACUGCCAGGGUGAUAGACUUGCGACUCUCGCUUUCCUCCUGAGGGUGCCCAAUUCUCCUUGUGUGUAUAUCGGUGGGGUGGGGUGGGACGGUGGCAGGUAGCUGGCUCGGCAGCCAAGAUGGCCGACAGCCCUCUCGCCAUCUUCUGACUGGGACCAAGCCCAUCUCCCUUGGGCAGCAAGGAAACCAACAUCCUGCCUGCCUUCGCACCAGGACGUGAAGAGUGGGUUUGAAAACGGCGGAAAGCACACUGCCUUGGCUGAAACAGAGGACAGACUUUCCGGGAAAUCUGCCUUGGCUUGUAAGAAUCCGCAUUCAAAAUGGCGGGCAUGGCUGUCUGUCAGACAAAAGCAAUGGCGUAAGAAGCUAGUGGGUGCUGAAAACGGUGCACAGUAAGGUGCCGGGACAGUGACGGGACUAUGUGAUGCUUGUUCUCUCUCCUCACCCUGAAACAGAGCUGCCUCGAGGGCAAAUCCCCUGCCGUCAAGGCAAGAUUCUCCACCAGCCGCAUGAUUCUGGGAAAUCUCCAAGCAUGGGCCCCUCCCUAGUGCUUGCCUUUUAAUUUUUUUCCUGGCUCGAUGCUGUGGUUUAAAUCAUUCCCUCUGCCCCCCUCUUUAGCUGGGGUGUCUCCUAGACUCCCGCCCAUCCCCUUUAAUUAAAGACAAGCAAAUAAACCAGGCACUGCGCUUCAAACAGGACACUGCACUGCACUGGACCGACAGGGAGGUGGCGAUAGUGCUCAACGUUUAUGCCAUUUUAAGACUUGCCAGGACUCUCUUUAGGCACAUUUAAAAUGACAGGAUGAUGCUGAGGAUUAAAAUCCAAUUAUUAAAAAAGCCAAGGAUGGGGCGUGGGAGGAUAUAGGAAGCCAAAAGCCAAUGGGAUCUGUUGAUUUCAUUUGUGGGAUUCUUUUUCUUUUCUUUUUAAUAAGUUAUUCCUUGUUAUUACUUUUUGCCUUAAGUGUAUUUCUCUGCUAUUGAUGGUUCUGACAUUUUUGUUUCGAUCUUUCCAGAAUUGCUUGGGAGUGGUUUAGGGUUUGGGGGGGCGGUAUAUCCCCGUUUUGUUUGUUUUUGCUUUUUUUUUAUUAUUAGACUGGGAUUUCACACUAGCACACAACGGUCACGCCUGUUUGAGUGCGUUGCGUAAGACGAGGGGGAGUUGUAAAUGUAUUGCCUACUGCAGAAUUCAAAUAUUUAUAUUUAAUUUAAAAAGAAGGAUGGAGUUAUGCUUUUGUUAUUUUAGCCUUAGAAUGCUAGGCAGCGGGACAAAGCACAGAUACACACCAGGGGAAUUCUGGGAACAGAGGAAGCUGCCUUCUACCAGGUCAGACUGGCUGGUAGGGAAAAGUGUAUGUUACCAAUACACAUUCCAGCAUAUAUUUGCAACCUAUGAGAUCUGGAGCCUUUCCUUUUAAAACUCAAAAUCUGAAGGAAAAGGUGGGGAACCGUUGGCCCUCCAGAUGUUGCUGGACUAUAAUUGAAGGUCCCAGGUUGCCCACCUCUGCCUUAGAUUCUCCAAAAGCGGUAUCCAAUACUCUCUUCUGCACUUCCAUGGAACUGAAGCUGAGCCACAGCUCUGACCCAAUGCAACAGUGAACAGGACUCCUGCACAUUUGACCCUUUUACAGAAGAACAGAUUUCAGCAGCACUGGUAAAAUCCCCUGUUGUGCAAUAAACACUGAAGGUGCUGAACCCCUUAUCUCCUCCACAGUGGGGGCUUCCCCCUAGGAUAUCUGACAUAGCACAACACCCUUUGGGGAGAGACAGCAUCUCAGGUUCCAAC